AUGACUGCCAACAAGAUUGCCAGUGUCACCAAGAGAGCUGGAGGAAGUAAAGUGCCUCGGGAUAGUCUCGAUAGGUAAGUGGAAAGCAAUAUGUUUAUGGGCUUUUGUUGCCUGAUUCCAAUUUGCUUCCUGCUCUCCCACCCCAACAGAAAGCAAUGCUCUGACCCAUAGAUCUAUGAAACUUAUCCUUUAUAGGAGGAGGCCCAUUUCUGAACCCAGAGUCUCCUGGCCCUGCUUCUCUUCCUUCCUGUUUCUCUCUCUUCACCAGGACUCUCCAAAUAUACAAGCAGCAAUAAGAGCAGCAGCCUUCACCCUCCCCUUUCCCUUCUUUUGGGCAGGCUGGGCCUGGAAGGAAGGGACAAGUGAAUGUGUGAUGGUGAUGGUGGCAGGAGGGCUCCCCUUGAGGGCAUCUUGUUCAAGAGCCCCUUAGCAUAUGGAGCCAACACUGGAUCCAGGGGGUAAUGUGUAUAGAAACCUUGGCAUACAGGUCAUCUUGGGUCUCCUUACUAAUCACAUCCUUGGCCAUGUUAUGUAAAUAUACAAUUGCUAAGCCCUGACUCGGUGAUCUUGCAAGCAGCAAAGCAAUGUUUUUUUUUAAACAUCAACAUGAAACUGCUGAUAUUUUCUGUUCAGAGACUUGGAGUGAGUUGCCAUCAGUAUACUGAUGAAACAAAUCUCCCUUUUUCAUCUGAACCAAGUAAGGCACCUAUAAAGGCCAAAUGCACUGUUUGGGUGUCUCUUGACCUGGCACUACUCCUAGAUUUGCAACUGGUCUAUAUGACCCGGAGUACUUUUAUCUUCUGGCUACUUAUGGGAAAAGGUGAUCUGGUCCCUGUUAUACAUACCUUGGCAACCUCGUGGCUGAGCUUUGUGGUGUGCUUCACCUGGAGUUCCUUUGAACAUUUGUGAAAAUUUCAAUCUAUGGUAAAGUGCCAUCCUGGGCCCUCUGCCCAGCUCUGACACCUGCCCAUUUUUUAAAAAAUCAACACCUCCUCUUUUAUUUUCUUGCUCCAAGCAACUUCUUCCAUGUUUUCUUUUUUGGUGGUAGGGGAGAAGGUGGUUCCCCACAAAAACAUGGCGGUGGUCAUAUUCACUCCCUACAAUGCCCUAGGAUUACUUAACUCUUAGGGCAUUUGGGGGCAAGUCCAAAAUGACAUCUGGAAAUAGUUUGGCACUGGAGUGCAAAAAAUUAAAAGAAAAAUGAGCCCCAGCAGCUGCCUGAGUAUACUUUAUGAUGGUCCUGGGCCUGCAAAAUAUCUUCCAGUAUCUUCUGCAUAAACCUGCUUGUGUGAUUAGUUGUCAGAUGGGGCCUUCUUCCAAGUAUCUGUAUCCUCUGACAUUAGGUUAGUUGUCAAAAGGAACAUUCUUGGUGGUGGUGCCCUAGAGAGAUUCUGUUCUCCCUCCCCAUCUCCCAUCCCCCAGCAAGCUGCUGAGCCCUGGGCUAAAGUGAUUGUUCAUUUAAAAAUGGAAUUUGAAGUCUGCUUCUGACCUCUAGUUUAAACUUAAAACUAUGGCUAGUGUCCAGCUCUGUGCAGAUGUGAUGCUAGCUUCAGUUACUGUUGGGGAAAAAGAGAUAGGGGAACUCAAAAAGUUGAUGGGAGGAGGAACGAGCCCAAGGGAGACACAAACACAGUUCUGAGUGGGACUCCGAUUCCCUUAACUAUGUUUAAGGCUCCAGUGGAGCCAGUUCAAAAUAAGGCACUGCUGUGGGAUUCUGGAAAAAUUCAAAGCUUCUUAUAGGAUGUGAUUUAGCCAAAGCACGUUUGUCUUUCUCCUCAUACUGGAACUCAGGAUCACCCGCUGAAGAUGAUGAACAGUCAGUUGAGAGCAUGUGGGAUCAACUGUCCCCCGCCCCUAACAGUGUAUAAUUAAGAUUAUUGUGUAUACUAUGCCAUCAGUGUACAUGGCACCACACCUUGUGUACAUGUGCACAUUGUCAGGGUGGACAAUCUCCAAGACUUCCUAAGCGAAAGUCCAGACCUGGGAGUAAAGAAGUUCAGAACCACUAUUUUCAAUACAAUUUUUUUUUGGUACUAGUGUCAAAAAUCUUGAAAAAACAAGUGUGUAAGUUCUACAUGCCUGUCCACAAGCUCCACAUCUCUCUUCUUCUCACUAUGACCAACAUUUAUUUUUAAAGGUUUAUUUCAGUAAUGAAUAAUAUAUUUAAAGGCAAGCAUAGGCAUGAGAGUUGGCACAUCACUGAGUUACAGACUCAUGAGAGAAACCUUCCAAUAUGUCAUGCUAGCAGCCUGACUCCUUCGUUUCAUGUAAUCUACUUGGCUGACUUUCCUUUGGGAGGCCAUGCCCUGAGUCAUUGGGAAGAUUUCUUCCUUUUUAAUAAGACUUAAAUCAACAGAAGCAGCACUUGAAUUAAUUUUCAUUUAACACUUGGAGGGAUUCAUUCUAAACACAUUUUGAAAAGAAAGAAACUACUACAAAACACCCACACUGAGAAAUCUAGCUGCUUGUUUAAUCUGGGAUUUGACCAGAAGUACUGCAGACAAACAGCUUCUGGUCUGCAAGUGGCAGAAUUGUGAUGUUUUGACUAUCAGUGUUAAAGGGAGUUCUAAUUUUCUUGCAGAAAAUGGCAGUCUUGCCAAUAUAGCUUUCUUUUCUUCAGGAGAAAUGACUGCCUCUGCCAUGAAUUAAGUUUAUACACAUCAGUUGCCCUUUGCUAGCAAGUAACUGCGUCUUCCUCCAAGAUUUGUGAAUCUGAGGGGUUAACAAAAACCACAGUCCUAUUACCAUGGCAGAAAUAUCUGUAUUGUGAGGCUGGAUAGAAAAAGCUUGCUCUUGGGGAAACACUCUCACCAAACCAAAUCAAACCAAACCAAACCAGACUAUCUAUCUGAAUAUUUUCCUGACCACAGUCAGGAAAAAUUGAGGCAAAAACUGACAAGUAAGUCCAGACACCCAAACUUUAUGACAUAUACCCAUCUGCAGUUACUGGUGGUUGUAACAGUGAACCUCAGCCCAAGUUGGCUUUGUGCCUGCUUAAUGCCCUAAGCAAGAGUAAAUUAUAGGAACCAGAAAUGGAGAGUCUGUUGAAAGAAAUGUAAUAUUAAUAUUAAAACUUACAGGAAUUCUGUAAGUGUCAUAUCAUAUGAAAGGCAUUCACUGAAACUAUUCUUUAUUCCUUAAUAAGAAAAGCAAGCAAGGGGCAGAGGGCAGCAUUAAAAUUAAAAGUAGAUAAAAAGGAGGGAAACAGCAGCAAUUUAUCAGUAGAAGCAUAUAAAUAAGGCCUUUGGCACUGAAAAGGCAAAAUACUCAGUGCCAUGUGUGCCCCCUUGGGGAGAAAAUUGUACCAUUUGGGUAACACCUCUGAGUAAGUCCUUUCCACUGGUCACCAUUGACUUUGCCAGGUACUGGUGAGGCCACCAGAAAAAGACAUGUCACAAUCCCAGACUAUACUGUAUAGGACUUCAAAGGUUAAAACCAGCAUUUUGAAUUGCGCUUGGAGAUGAACUAGUAUCUAGUACAACUAUUUUAAGAAUUGGGCUAUGUACACACCAUGCAUUUAAUGCAUGUGACUUUCCCCAAAGAAUCCUGGGAACUGAACUUUACCCUUCACAGAUUUACAUUUCCCAGUACCUUUAAUAAACUACAGUUCCCAGGAUUCUUCGGGGAAAGUCGUGUGCUUUAAAUGUAUGGUGGCCUUGGUGUGAUAUGUUCCCAUUCUUUCUGGGUGGGUGGGUGGUAGAGUGGCCUGAGGGAGAGAGAGAAAGGCAACCAAGAGAGGGUGGUACCUACAGUCCCUCAAAAUUCAAGAUGUGACCAUGGACCCCAAAAGAUUUGUCUAAUCUGGAGGCCAUCAGAACGUAGAUAACAGAGGCCAGGCUACGUCUGGUUGUUGCACUGAAAGAAACUGAGAAGAAGAAGUGGGGUGUUUAUAACAGAAAGAGACAGUAGUGGCUAGUGUGGAGGGGCAGAGCCAUGGAACCGCCAAGACAUCAAUGCAGUUUACCUGGAUGGCACUGGGGCAGGGCAAAGCAGAAGCAAACCCACAACUGUGCUGAGUCUCUGGUGGCAGCACUGCAUUGACUCUCCCAAUGCUUCCACACACCCCUGACCUCGCUGCUGCCCCAGUGCUGUCUAGGUAAGCUGCAGCAAUGCUAGUGCUGAGAGGGCAGCUCAGCAGCUCUGAUCCACCAUACUGAAUGCCAUAGGACCGAGAUGAAAGUUAGCCAGUCAGCUGCUCAUAGGCAGGCCCAAGAAGAGAAAGUAAUUUCAUUCAUUAGGCUACCCUAGAAGCGUCACUGCUGCCGCAGUGCAACUGUGGUCACAUGCAGGAGAUUCCAGCCUCACCGCUCAGAAUUAAAGACCAGUCACAGCUAGCUUAGCUUGAGAAACAUGCACCUGACCUUGGGUGCGAGCAUAAAUAAAGUGGUAUACUUGCAUCAAGGGUGUGUGAGCAACUACUGCAGGACCAUUUGAAGCGCCUUUGAAAGGUCCCUUUUGAAACAGAAAGAGCCAGCAGCAUUGAUAUUUCUUCCUGCCUAAACAGUUCACUUUUGGCCUUCAAAUUAAGUGAGAUCAUGUUUGGAAUCAUACUACAAAACAGAAUAAAUGUUGAUGGCAGAAAGCCUGAUGUCCUUUUAAAGAAUUUGUUUUUCUUGCCUUUAGUAUGUUUGAAAGGAGGACACUGGUGUCCAUUAAUACUUAGAUCUUCUUCAGAGAUAUCUUUGUCUGGUGGAGUUGCAUCAUUCCUUUCGAGCCUUGUGUCAGGAUCUCCACAGUGCAGAAAAUGACUGGAAAUAACAGCUUAAUAGAAGCUAUGGGGCACAGGGUCUUGCUGUUGUGCAGUGGUUAAGACUCAGUGUGGUGUAGUGGUUUAGAGCAGUGGACUUGUAAUCUGGUGAACCGGGUUCACGUCCCCGCUCCUCCACAUGCAGCUGCUGGGUGACCUUGGGCUAGUCACACUUCUUUGAAGUCUCUCAGCCUCACUCACCUCACAGGGUGUUUGUUGUGGGGGAGGAAGGGAAAGGAGAAUGUUAGCCACUUUGGGACUCCUUAGGGAUAUCAAAUCCAAACUUGUCUUCUUCUUCUGUUGUAUGUAGGGUCCACUCUGAUUAGUGCUUCUCCUACCCUGUGAGUCCAGAGUUUUCGCAAAAAGUCGUGCCAUUUAGUGUAAUAAUAAAGUGUAAUAAUAAAACAAAAAUCAAACCAAUAAAGGUAGCGAUUUAAACUUGGUGCAGCAUACGAUCUGGUAUGUUUGAAUAAGAUAAUAGACCUUAGCACUUUGUCCUGCAUGACAUGCUGAGGACGGCAUGGCGGAACCAUAAUUAUUAUAUUAUUUCCUGCUUUGUAGCUAAAUCUAGUCUCCAGGGUGGCUUACAUUUAAAAAUGGUCACAAGAUGCAAUAUCUUUAUGUAUGAUGAGAGGAGAAGAAAUGUGGAAGGUAUUUGAAGCUCACUGUUCUAGCUUCAUGUUUUCUUUCUUUCUUUCUUUGACCUAGUUGACACAUAGCACUAAGCCAUGGCUUGUUUACCAAACCAUGAGUUGUCCCACAGAUGAUCAAGCAAACUGUGUCUUGUUUUUCCAAAUGUUUGUUUUGCAUCUGCUUUUGCCUCACGCCUUUGUAGUUUGGUGAGUUUCUGGGGUCGGGUGGUCAAGCAAACUAUGGUUAGGGGAGGUUGUAAGGUUCAUAACACAAAGCCAUAGUUAAAAUAGGGUUCAUAACCCAGCAACAAACUGUGGCUUAACAUCUUGCUUUGUUGGCAGUAAACAAACCAUAGUUCAACUGUUGAGCAGGGUUCACAUAUAACUCUUAAAACAGGGGUCAGCAAACUUUUGCAGGAGGGGGCCAGUCCACUGUCCCCCAGACCUUGUGAUGAAUCAAAAGCCCAGAAGGGAGGAAAGGAGAUUAUUACUUCAGUUUUGACACUUAAAAUGUAGCACACACUUUUACAGAUAGCCAGAAGCUUACUGGUUCUGCUCGAACAGCAUGAAAUCUAGAUCAAGAAACCCUAUCAUUGGGCUGGCUGUAUAUAUGUCAAGAGACCAACUUUUCAUACUUUUAUUUCACCAUGCCCAAAUGGUGUAGUGCCUGCAUAUAUAGUUUCCUGAAAAGCAGUAGCAGAAAAACCAAAAUAUUGAGGAAAUACAUUGAAAAGCAUCCAAAUGCAGAACCAACAACCCAAUCUGGAGUCAAUAACACAUUAUGCUGCUGCUUUCCCCUCCCUCCCUCCUCCUCCUCACCCCAUUAAUAAUCACAGUCUUCUGCUACAAAUACUAGUAGGACUUGUAGGUUUUUGGCCAGACAUUAUGACCCAAAAUUAAUAGAAAAAUGCAUGUUUGUCAUAUUUUGGGAUGAGUGACAAAAGAGGUUUAUUAUUUUAACAAAGAUCUUGAUCGUUCAAAAAUUGGCUGUAGAGUUGAACAAAAUAGUUGGUUUUAAAGAGAUGUGCUGAAAGUAGGCAGUAUGCCAAUUUGUGCUAGCUUUUUUUUUUUUUAAAUAAAAAACCCCAUUCAGCUAGAAUAGGGGUUCGCCAACCUCUUUGGGCCCAUGGGCCCAUUUGAAAACUGAAUCAUAGAAUCAUAGAAUCAUAGAGUUGGAAGAGACCACAAGGGCCAUCGAGUCCAACCCCCUGCCAAGCAGGAAACACCAUCAGAGCACUCCUGACAUAUGGUUGUCAAGCUUCUGCUUAAAGACCUCCAAAGAAGGAGACUCCACCACACUCCUUGGCAGCAAAUUCCACUGGAGAGACUGUCAUGAACACCACAUGUGUGCAUGGCAGCUAAGCACAUGCAAGCAUGCUGAUAAUUUGCAGGGGAACGUGUGAUCUUCACUGAGAGAGAAGCUUGGGAGAAAAGAGUUAGCCUGCCCUCCUCAGCUACAUUCUCUAGGAAGAUCAUCCCCCAUGCAACAAUUAGACUUGAAAAAAGCCUUCUAUUGUAGCCAACAGCAGUUCCAUCCCUCCAAGCCUAACUACAACUGGCAAUGCAUGGUGCGUGUCACAGCUGGGAAGGGAAGGGUUAACCCUUACCCUCCCCUGUUGUAGCACCCACCCUCCAUUGUAUUGCACUUCAAAGAAGAUAGCUAUUGGCUACAAGAGAAGGCCCCCUUCAAUUCUAAUUUUAGCAAGAGUCCCAGAGAAGGCCUCUGUGGCAUCAAGUGUCCUUCUGGGUACUGUGUUGGUGAUCUGUGAACUAGAAUUCAUAUGCAAAUAGGAUGCAUAUAGACAUAAAAAAACAAGAGCCAGCACACUUCUCUCUCUUUUUGUCCUACUUUUGUUGUGCUGUAGCUCUUCUGCAUUGCAGAACAACUAAAAAAAGCAGAACAAACCCAUCACUAUUGCACCAUUAUUAUGUCAAUAAUAUGUUGAAGAUUACACCCCCAAUAAAAUACAUUUCUGCAAGGGCACUGUGUGCCGUAGUGGUCAACAUUUCCCUUUUUUAAAGGGAAAUUCCCUUAUUCCGAAUAGGAUUUCCCUUAAAAAAAGGGAAAGGUUGACAGCUAUGCUGUGUGCUUCCCGAGACUGUUAAACAGUUUGAUGUACAUCUGUGCAUUUCAGUGGGUGUCAGAAGAAUAAGCCCAUACCUGUAAUUGGGCACACAUGCUCAGGAGAAGGUUUGAGUGAUUUUAGUUCUAGUCACCUAUAUGGAAGAUUACAGCCUGCAUCUUCUUGAUGACGUUGUGGACAGGGAUCACACAUUACUCAUGGAAACCAAUGAGAGGGAAAAGGUUUCCAGAUAAAAUAUUGAGUUAGGAAGGUUCAAAUAUCAUUGAACCUGGGGUGCAAAUAUUCCAUUUCAAAUAUAGGUAAAGGUAAAGGGACCCCUGACUAUUAGGUUCAGUUGCGGAUGACUCUGGGGUUGCAGUGCUCAUCUCUUGUUACUGGCCGAGGGAGCCGGCAUACAGCUUCCGGGUCAUGUGGCCAUCAUGACUAAGCUGCUUCUGGCAAACCAGAGCAGCGCACGGAAACGCCGUUUACCUUCCCACCGGAGCGGUACCUGUUUAUCUACUUGCACUUUGACGUGCUUUCAAACUGCUAGGUUGGCAAGAGCAGGGACCAAGCAACGGGAGCUCACCCCGUCGUAGGGAUUUGAACCACCAGCCUUCUGAUUGGCAAGUCCUAGUCUCCGUGGUUUAACCCACAGUGCCACCUGUGUCCCAUGAAAAGCAAUGAAGGGAAAGAGGUUUGAGAUAAAAUAUUGAGUUAGGAAGGUUCAAAUAUCAUUGAACCUGGGGUGCAAAUAUCAUUCUAUUUCAAAUACACCAUAGUAAAACCACAUGUAUGUUUCAUAUUGAAUAGCUUCAUUGAUGUACAGGUGACUCUCAAUUUGUGUGCGGUUUACGUUCCAGGGAAAACACGCUAAGCCAGUCACGUAUACAUUGGGUUCAAUGAUGGGUGGAAUUUCUUUUUUAGCAGAUGUCCGCCCCCUUUUUAUUUUUUAUUUUUUUGCCAAGCACGUAAAGCUGAAUGCUCACAAGUUAAAUGUUUGUAAGAUGCUAGUUACCUGUCUUGUAAGCAAGCUUUCCUUCCUUCCUCCCUUCCUUCCUUUCUUUUUACUAGAAGACUCAUUUACUGACAAAAGAGACUUGAGUAAUUGCUUCAUACUUUCUGAGAUAAGGUUUUGAGCACAACCCUACCACUGCUUUGUCAUAACUAUCUGUGACCUAUACUGACUGGCUUCCAAGACACUGACUGGCUUGGAAACAAAUGAGAAGUAGCAGAAGACAGGAGAGAAACCUGUUCGACUACUGCCACUAGCCUCACCCCCCCCAGGCAAUUUCUUAGCCACUUCCUUUCCAGAAGCAAAAACAAAUUUGUGAGGAUAAUCUGGUCAUGUUCUGCGCAGAGGGAAACAUGAGGAGGCAGGCACAGGAAAUAGUUAUUGCAUCAUUCAUUAUUUUAUGUGGUUAGUUUUCUCCCUCAAGCUGGUCUACCAUGACUUGACUCAUAACAUGGAGGAGACUUUCCUGGAGAAUCAGCUGUUCUUUGGUAAAGAAGAUGAGGGCAGAUGGAGAUGACUAACUCCCCUCUUUCAUCAUCAGCAUUCACAGGUACAACAGGAGCCAGGCCCUUCUUUGCAUCCAUUUGCAUGAAGGUUGUCUGGGGGUUUUUUUGGUAUGUGUUUCUUUUUUAAAUGCAGGCAGAAAAAGAAGUGUCUCUACUAGAAAAAUGAGUUGUUUCCUUAGGUAUUCACAAAACUUAGCAAAGAUAAUCAAAUCAGCUUAGGCUGAAUUAGGUAUUAUGAGAGCCAUGUGGCUACCACUGAAAGCAGAAGCCUCAUUUCUCAUUCUCCCACCCCUUCUAAUGUCUGAUUCAAGUUUUGUGACGUAAUGUCUCUUUUUGUCUGACCAUUUCCUAACUGUUAUUUCUGGACUGUACUGCUCAGUAAUUUGAUAUUUGUGGAUUAAUUUUGUCUUACUAUAUUGGUUUCCUAUUUUAAAUUGCUUCAUUAUUUUUUAUAUUAAGUGGUAGGUUGGUAGGUAGGUGUGAUGGGAUGAUGAGCUGCUUGUGCGUAAAAUCGUAUCCCCUCAGAGUUUGUUCAAGUCCACAAACUUCUGUCUGUGACGGAGCCCCUCAGACAUGGCUCCUCUAGUCACUAGCAGAUUCCGACAGUGGUUGCUUUCGUAAUCGCUUCCAACAUAAAAGCUCCUUAACGGAAACACGUCUUCUGGACUCUCUGCGUGACAGUUUCCGGCGAGGAGUGGGUGUUCUUACAGGAGGUCCUGAAACCUCCCCACUGUUUUCGCUGGAAGUGUCUCUGAGCCAUCCCUCCAGCUCAGCUCCUCUCCCCUGCUGGUUCCCUCUUCAGCUGCUGCGUCUCUCCCAACCUGUGUGAGCCCUUUCACCUCCCUGCUGGUUCCCUCUUCAGCUGCUGCGUCUCUCCCAACCUGUGUGAGCCCUUUCACCUCCCUUCCGUCCGAUGGCAGUUCCCUGACAUCCACCUCCCCUCCAGGGCCCCCUUCACCCCCUCUCGCCCCUCCUCUACGGGCGGUGAGGAGGCAAACCCCGGAAUGAACUUCCUUCAUCUUCCGAUGUCUCGAACACUUCUCUCAACCUGUUGCGGUUCCUGGUCUCGAAGUACACCUCCUCCUCAGAGUCCAUCUCCCUUCCCUUCCGAGUCCGGGAAUCCUUCCAACUCCUCCCCUCAUCAGUGGUCCCAAAGUAUUCCCUCCGGAACCUCUCCACAGGCUGAGGUUUCCUUGGGAACCUUUGAUGGAACGUUUCUAUCAAUACCUCGUCAUUGAUAUCUUCGGCCAUUACCCAAGUGUUUUCUGACUCCGGUUCUCCUUCCCACGCUACCAAAUACUCCACCUGAUCCCCCUUCCACCUGGCGUCGAGGAUUUCUGCCACAUGGCUGCUGCAUUCUCUUUCUUCUAUGACCGGUCCCCGAGUGGCCAGCCCUUCUCGUCCCCCUUCGUAUGGUGACAGUAACGACCUGUGAAAUACUGGGUGCAGUUUCAUGUGGUUGGGUAACCGGAGCCUGAAAGCCACUGGGUUGACCUGUUGAAUGACCUCAAAGGGACCCAACCUCCUGGGUCUUAAUUUCUUACAACCUCCUUUGAACGGCAACCCUUGGGUUGACAGCCACACCCUAUCUCCCACCCUUAUGGUUUCACCUUCCCUUCGGUUCUUGUCUGCCUGCCUCUUGUAUUCUUCCUUCGCCCUUUCUAAGUUGAGUUGGAGCUGACGAUGGAUUGCUUCCAUUUCUUCCACAAAAUGCUCGGCUGCCGGGACGCUCCAUCUCUCCCCAUCUCCCCUGGGAAAGCCCUGGGAUGACACCCAUAAUUAGCCAAGAAGGGGCUCAUCCCUGUGGACACAUUCUCGGCAUUGUUGUAGGCAAAUUCCGCCAGCGCCAACUUUUCUACCCAGUCAUUCUCUCUGUCAUUGACAUAACACCUCAGGUAUUGCUGGAGGACACCGUUUGCUCUUUCCGCCUGCCCGUUGGUUUCAGGGUGCCGGGCAGUCGAAAAAUUGACCUCCACCUGCAGUAAGCUCAUGAGCUUCCUCCAGAACCUGGAAGUAAAUUGUUUUCCUCGGUCUGAGACCACCCUCAAUGGCACUCCGUGCAACCUAAAAAUGUGUUCUACAAAUAACUUCGCUGUCUCUUCCGCCGUGACUGCAUGCGAGCAAGCUACAAAGUGGCACAUCUUUGUUAGUAGGUCUACCACCACCAUGAUGGCUGUUUUCCCUUUGGACUUCGGCAGAUCAGUCAUAAAAUCUAUCGACACUGCCUCCCAAGGUCGUUCUGGGGUUGGUAAGGGUUCUAACAGCCCCGCCGGCGCCCGCCUUUCCCCUUUGGCUCGCUGGCAUUGCUCGCACCCUCUUACAUACUCACGUACAUCUUCCCUCACCUUAGGCCACCAAAAUUCCCUGGUGACCAACCACAUGGUUUUGUGUUGUCCAAAAUGCCCCGCCGUAGGGCUGUCGUGCAACUGCUUGAGUACCCUUCCCAUAACUCUCCUUCAGGGAUAUACAGUGCCCCUUUGUAAUACAAAGCUCCAUUUCUUUCCUCGAAACCCCUGGUUCCUCUCCCUCACCCCUAAGACCUCUGAGCUUAUUCUGGGCGUAUUCAUCAUUCUCUGUUUCCUCUACCAGUUCUCUUUGUCCCACCAAUGCCGCCCCACACACCCAGCGGUCCUCUGGAAUGACAUGUCUCUCUUCAGGUUUGCGUGAGAGAGCGUCCGCCCUAAUGUUCUCUGGGCCUGGCACGUAACAAAUCUCAAAGUUAAAUUUGGAGAACUCCUGGGCCCAUCUCACUUGCCGUUGGUUGAGCACUCGUGCCGUCCUCCAAUACUCUAGGUUCUUGUGGUCAGUGCACACUUGCACCUUAUGUUGUGCGCCAAUUAGCAGGUGCCUCCAUCUCCGGAACGCCUCAUGAAUGGCUAGUAGUUCUCGGUCAUACACCGUGUAGUUCCUCUCGGAUUUGUUCAGCUUUCGCGAAAAAGGCACACGGUCUCCACUCUGACCCCUUCUUGCCUGGCUGCAGAAGCACCGCCCCAAUCGCUCUGUCUGAUGCGUCAGUUUCCACUCUCAUCGGUUUUUGUAAAUCCACAUGCAGGAGUUGUUGUUCCGAGGCGAAGGCCCUUUUAGUUCCUCAAAUGCUCGCUCCGCCUCCUCAGUCCACACGAACUUCUUCUUACUGCUGAGACAGUCCGUAAUGGGCGCCGUCAGGUGGGCAAAGUUUCGGAUGAACUUACGAUAGAAGUUCCCAAAUCCUAGGAACCUCUGCACAUCCUUCUUUGUUUUGGGUGUUUUCCAUUCCAGCACCGCCUGGACCUUGCCGGGAUCCAUGGCCAAUCCCUUGUCUGACAGGCGAUACCCCAGGAAUUCCACCUCCUUGGUAUGAAACUGACACUUCUCCAGUUUCACCCACAGCUGGUUGGCUUGCAGCCUGCUCAACACUUCUCUGACGUCUCUCACAUGCUGCUCCUCAUUCUCAGAAUACACCAACACGUCGUCUAAAAAGGCCACACAAUUCUUGUAAAGCAAAGGCCCCAGGACGUGGUUCAUAAACGAUUGAAAUGUUGCGGAGCCUGCUUGUAGGCCGAAGGGCAUAACCAAAUAUUCAAAUGCCCCUAAAGGGGUGAACAUAGUGGUUUUCCAUUCAUCCACAUUCCUUAUUCGUACCAGGUUGUACGCCCCCCUUAGGUCCAGCUUUGUGAAAAUCUUUCCCUUCCGCACCCUUGUCAAAAUGUCGUCAAUCCUGGGCAUAGGGAAGGCUACUGGUUCUGACACUGCAUUUAAGGCCCUGAAGUCACACACCAGCCUCGGCUUGUUCGUGUUUUUCUUAUCCACAAAAACACUGGGCUGCCCCCACCGCCCUGGACUCUCUGAUGAACCCUCUCUUCAGGUUCUUGUCAAUGAACUCUCUUAACUCCUGCAUCUCUCUGUCUGACAUGGCGUACAGCUUGCCUACAGGGAGCUGUGCUCCAGGGAGUAAAUUGAUUUGACAGUCAAAGGGUCUAUGCGGGGUAGUUGGUCAGCUUCCCUUUCGCUGAAGACGUCACGGAGAUCUGCAUAUUGUCGUGGUACCUUCACGUUCUCUGUUACUUCAGUCCCUGCUAGGGUGGCUUGGACCCCUGCCAAACCCUUUCCCUCUUUGCAGUGUUCUAAGCAAUGUGCUGAACCAAAAGAAACCACUCUCUGAUGCCAGCCCACCAGCGGAUCAUGUAACGCUAGCCAGCUCAUCCCCAAUAUAAUGGGAGCUCCUCCCAAGGUGGCCACAUUAAAAGCUAUCAGUUCGGUGUGCCUUGCUACCUUCAUUAUCAUUGGGACGGUCUGCAAGCUGACUUCUCCGCCCAACAGCUCCCUGCCAUCGAUCGUGGUCACCUGCAGGGGGCUGCUUAAAGGGAUCGUCUGUAUCUGGUGUUCAGCUGCAAACUCUUUGCUCAUGAAAUUGCAGGAGCUGCCUGAGUCCAACAGCGCCUCUAUCUUUAGAGGGUGUCCGUUUGGCAGCUCUAGCGUCACUUCUAUCACUAGGGCGGGUUUAGGAGGUUCUGGCGUGGGCACUCUCACUGCUCUUGGCCUGGCUGCUGUGCCCCGACAGUGGCAGCCAGGCGUUGGCUUUUACUUGCUCCGGUAUUUCUUCCUCUCUUCCAUCCACAGCUCCUACCAUCCCUUGCCAUUCUUUCCUCUGGGGGCAGACUCUGGCAAAGUGACCUGGCUGUUGGCAGAGAUAGCAUUUCCGGGCGCCUUUUCCCUCCUUCCCCCCACACUGGGCUUUGAAACUGCGCGCGCGCGCUGUUCCGAUUUCCAUCGGCUCUGCCGGCGGGAAAGUUGGCUCUGGAAUGUCUGGAAUGCGGAACUCCUUCCAACGUUCCCCUUUCCCUUCCCGCCUCUCCAAUGCUCUCGCCUCCUGGCGCGCUCCUAUGGCCAGCGCUGAUUUGGUCAGCUGGUCCAUAGACUCCGCCCUGGGCGCCCGGGAAAGUUCGUCUUUCACAGCCGAAGAAAGCCCUUCUUCAAAGAGCAUUUGAAUGGGUUCCGCCGAUAAGUCCCACCCCAAUCUGUGAACAAGCAUGGUGAACUCAGUCCAGUACUCACGGACAGAUCGGCUCCCCUGUUUGCAAGCCAUUAACUGUCUGCGCACCACUCCCUGUUCAAUAUCGCUGGAAAACAUCAGAUCCAUGGCGCGAAAGAACUUCAUCGUGUCCUUUAGGACGUCACUAUUCGCUGCCAUCAGGGGUCUAACCCAGUCUCUCGCCCCUUUUCAAGAUGCUCAAUCACGAAAGCCACUCGUGAUUCCUCGUCAGGGAAUUCAUCAAACUGCAGAUUGAGGGCAUAUUGCAUUUCUGUCCGAAAGCCAUGAUAGUUUUUGGGCUCCCCCCCAAACUUCUGCACCAAUCCUGGUACCUUUCUGGCGAGCUGGGUGGCUUUCCCUUUUGUCUGCAUCCUGAGCCCUCCUCUCCUCAAGCCUCGCCGUCUGCAUCGCUAGCUGGACCUCCAACACCCGGUACCUUUCUUCCAGGCUUGGACCCGCUCCAGCUCCUGCUUCUCCGGUUCCGGCUGGGUUGCUCAUGAUGCCUUCUCCUGCACAAGCUGCUUUCAAAGACUGUCGGAAUGCUGUGAUGGGAUGAUGAGCUGCUUGUGCGUAAAAUCGUAUCCCCUCAGAGUUUGUUCAAGUCCACAAACUUCUGUCUGUGACGGAGCCCCUCAGACAUGGCUCCUCUAGUCACUAGCAGAUUCCGACAGUGGUUGCUUUCGUAAUCGCUUCCAACAUAAAAGCUCCUUAACGGAAACACGUCUUCUGGACUCUCUGCGUGACAGUUUCCGGCGAGGAGUGGGUGUUCUUACAGGAGGUCCUGAAACCUCCCCACUGUUUUCGCUGGAAGUGUCUCUGAGCCAUCCCUCCAGCUCAGCUCCUCUCCCCUGCUGGUUCCCUCUUCAGCUGCUGCGUCUCUCCCAACCUGUGUGAGCCCUUUCACCUCCCUGCUGGUUCCCUCUUCAGCUGCUGCGUCUCUCCCAACCUGUGUGAGCCCUUUCACCUCCCUUCCGUCCGAUGGCAGUUCCCUGACAGUAGGUAAUGUCAGCGAGCUAAGUUUUCCUACCUUCAUAAGUAGUAGCAGCCAAUGCAGUGGGGUUUGGAUGGGAAAACCUCAAGCAUGUUGACAUCACAUCUUGCAUUUUUGGAUUCACUAGACAUUAUGGAAGAGGAGGAGGAUGAAAUGUGAUGUUGCUAUCUUGAUGGAAACCACAUGGCUCCUGCGAUGGCUAGUUCCAGCUUGUCAUGGAGUUAAGAAAAGUGAUCACUUCAAUAAUCACCAUGUUGGCCUCAUAUUUGAAUGUAUAAAACUCCUUUACAGCAGCUGAUUCUGAUCUGUUCAACUUAAAAUAUAGGCCGCCUCUAUAUUCCUGAAAGUUAUGUUCAGCUUUACCAUAACAUUUCCAUAGGGCCCUUCUCAAAUGAAAUGCCAGAAUCAAUGGCAAGGUUUUCUUUUUUUUAAGGUGGCAUUCCCCAGUUAUCAUUAAUAUCCAUUCUCUUCCUUUAAGCAUUGAAAGGAAUAAAUUUGAUAGAAUUUGAAAUCUGAAAACUAUCAAGGGCAUGUUUAACCUGAUAUUUAACAUGAAUUUGAACAAUUUUGAGCAAAACUCAGGGGUGGUUCAUAAAUUACACAGAAGCAGAGAAAUAAAGUAAGGUUUCAACUUCUGCUGCAAUUGCAGAGAUUUGUGGGCCCCAGUGAAACCCCAGAACUCAUAGAAUAUUCUGCAGGUGAGAUCAGAGUCCAGUUUCAAGCACUGCAGUAAAAGUGUGGAAAGGAAAAGUGCAAGUGUCUUUUUCUUCAAUUUAUGCCCACUUCUGUGUAAUAUAUGAGCCAGUAUGUUAGCAUAACUAGAUAGUUCUGGGUAUGCUACAACUACUCCUAACUUCUGACAACUGUGCCAUUGUCAGAAGCUGUUAGUCCACAAUGCUUGUAGUACUCCAGCCUGACUUGCAGUCAGUUGGCAUCCGUCUGUCUCAGAAGACACUGCAGGAAUAUGCCUUUGAGGGAGAGUUCAAACUGUUGGAAGGUUACAGAGCCUGCUGUGGCUGUAGAGACCGAUACCAAAGUGACAUGUUUUGUUGUAGCUGGGGCAGAUGAAAGUGUCCAGUUGUCCUGCUGCAGAUGCACUAUGGCAUUUCUUCUCUCUGCGCUCUGCCCAGAAGUCAUUUCUCCUCUGGUCACUGUUGUGGAUACAUGACUUGACUGCCUGUCUCCAGGCACUGUGGUCAUCUGCAAGGGAUUCCCAGAGGGCAGGGUUGAAUUGUCAGGUGUAGUUGGUCCACAAUGCUUGUAGUACAGUACUCCAGCCAGAUUUGCAAUAGUGGAAUGGACACUGCCCUUGAAAUAUGUUGUUGCCUGGCCUGCUUCUGUUUUGCUUAAGAAUGUGUUCAAUGGGAUAUGUAUUUUGUGUUUUAAAGGUUUCUUCUUUUCCUGCUGUUGGCCUAUGUUCUCUGGGGAGCCCAUAACUAAGGUCAACUUUUGGUCUUCAUCUCGUUACUCCAGACCUACUGCACAAUGUUCUAUUUUUGGUUCUCUUAAAUGAUGGUGGUUUUUUUGUUUGUUUGUUUGUAGAAGGCAAGAUCCUCUGUAUUUUAAGAUGCUUGGCAGACUGUACAACUAAAUGUUUCUGCUAGUGUUUAUCCUUAAAAUUAUUAGUACACUUUAUUGUUUCCCCAUUACUGCUAGUACACAUUUUCUGUUACUGGAGUCUCCUUGACAGCCAUAUUGCAGAAGCUUUUGUAUAUAAGGGAACUACAUCAGUCUUCUUCCUAUUAUAGCACUUGGAAGACCAAGAACUCUGGGCAAAAUCUGUCAAAGACAUCUUCUGAACUCAAGCUAGGUCCUCUGUGCUGAAUUCACACAUGCAUUGAGGAGCACAAGUAGUUGUUAUGCAGGCCUGCCAGUCUACUCUAUGUUUUGUUAUAACUACAGCAUCCUCAGCAACAUCUCAUGACUGAAGGGAGCAUGUAGAGUGGCAUCAGGAGAAUUACUUUGACAAGAACAGCCUUCUCCACAUGGACUACUAACCUCCCAUCCACAGCACUAUAGCUAAUAGUCAUGGAUGAAGGUAUUGGGCUGUGGAAGGCUUGUCUAAAACCAGGCAUAUGUGGAGGGAUGCCUGUUCUACUCACCUGAUGCUAAGCCAGUUGGUUUAGCAAAGUGAAAACUUCUAAGGAGUUUGGUGUUCUUCCAGACUCCAGGGUGACUUCUCCUGAGCAGGUAUCAGCUAGAAAAUCUGCCAGAUCUAGCUUCAGCUUUGGCUGGGCAACAGCUAGAAUUCAUUUUGUUUGCCUGCUUACUACACCUGGGGAGGGCUUCAUCCUCUCUCCCUGCUGCUUGUGUUUCCUGUACCCCACACUUUUAGUUCUUUGGCUGCUGCUUAUGACUUAGCAUCACAACAGGUAGACACAUGAAGCAUAUUAAUGCAGUUAUUUUUGGUGUCUUCUCUCUCCACACCUUGCCAUCCCACUUUCCAAGAAAGAAAACUCACAGCUACUUAUAAUGGCUUGGUGACAAAUACCAGCCCUGUAUAGCAUCGACUGGGUAGCUGCCUAGUGCGGAUGCCUCUCUCUGUACUGUCUUUGUUUGGAAAUAGGGAACAUGUGAACAGCUCUUCUCUUUGUCUCUUCACAGCUGGUGAACAGAGUAGGACACAUCACCCUGCUGUACAUUCUUGACAUUCGAAGAAAUUUCUCCUCAGUACAUUCCCUGCAUCCUCCCCCUCCUCCAUCUGUAUUCAUUCUCUACACAUUUGAAUCCCACACAGCCCUUGCAAAACAUUAAUAUUAUUAUUAUUGAUGCAAGUCUUUUCCUUUGCCUGUUUUUCAGGUGUAAACAAUUGGGCCCUUGCUUUUAUUGAUGUAUAUAUAUAUUGAUUCAUUUGUAUGGAAUGUUAGUUUCUCAAAUUAACCACUUCAUUUUCUUCCUAACAAUGACAACAAUUUUGUUUGUAAAGAGUUGUGGCAUUUGCUAAAAGGAUCCUUUCUCAUCCUGGGAAUGAAAGAGAAUUGUAUGGGACAAUUACUAGCUUGGUGAUUAAAGCAGUGUGGGAAAUACAGUAUUGGACUUUGGAGUUAAAGAAAAGAGUGGAAGUUAACAAAAAGUUCAAGAGCCAGCUGGAAAGGUAUUUUUUCAUGAGCCACAGAAUAGGGGUAAGUGAAGCAAUACUUUUAUGAUGAACCUGGGCCAGGUUUAAGCUAUAGAGUUAAACUUUUCUUAAACCACGCAACUUUGCAUAAUAGAACUGGAGCAAAAAGGGGAAAGCACUUCCUUGUACAUGUCCAUUGUUUAAGAGUUCUUUGAGAGAACAAAGUUAAGCUUUGAGCUGUUGUUUUUCUUUGGUGUCUGCUGAAAAGGUGAUGUUGAGACAGAAUCAGAUGAUUCAGUGUUGAAAUCUAUGUCUAGCCACAAUACUGUUAUAAAGUCAUUUUGCUAUUUCAGCACUACCGCUUUCAACUACCUGUGACUGUCCUUCAAGUUUAUAGCAAUCGCACAGUGAGUGAUAGGGUUGUUGUUGUUUUUCACACUUUUAUUCAGUAAUUUUCAUGCCUGCUAGGUUUUCAGAUUCUCAUUGUAUAUAACACUUUUAACAGAUUUUAUUAAGCCAAAUGUAAUGGUAAAGCCUAAUGUUCAGAAUCAGGAUACUACAUUAUUAAGGUGCUUUCGUUUCUUUUGAGCCAAUGUAUAUUUUUCUCUCCUUACCAGGAAAGAAAUCACAAAAUAACAAUACUUGCAAUGACAACAACAAUAAUUCAGAACUGAUAGCCAGAAAUAGUCUCUUUUGGUAAAUAGAAACCAUUUUAAUACAAUCUGUGGGUUUACUCCUUUCUAUUGUGUUAUCUAACUUUUAAAGUUGUGGCUGCAAUUAAGUGAGUAAUAUGGGUUUUCUAGGACUUGUUUUAUUGUUUUGGAAGGCUGUGUGCCUAGAGGUUGGGAUCACACUCUCCUACCAUGUUGAACAAAUAGGGCUUUGUUGGCUAGAAAUCAAUCUUUUUCUGAUGCUUACAGGACAAAGGAUGGGAUCUUGAUUUACCUUUCUGAGAGUCUUGCACAAAAUCCUUUUACCUCUUGAUCAUCUUAGUAAUUGUGUUCACAAACCUAGGUAGAUGUAGGUUUAUCUCUAUACAAAGGCUAGAGGAAAUUGACUAGAAUAAAAGGUUAACUGCUCCUUUAUUUUUAAUCUAGUCUAAUAUGUCUAAUAAAUGACCACAAUCUGACUUGCUUCUGAGAAACAAUGUUUAGGACUGUGCUGUCAGGACCCUCCCAGGCUGUCUCUAUUUUGCUGUCUCAGUUACAUGCCUUCAAAUUCAGGUUCUACAAUGGAAGUGGAUUUGGUGUUCUUGUGCAACAAACCCUCUUUCUAUGCCCACCUCCAUCUUGUUAAUUACUUUUGGUAGUGCAUGUGUGUUUCACAGGUGGUUCUCAAACGCAUGUACUUGGUAAAACCUGCUUGCAAAAUUUAUUAUUGUGUACACACUUCUGCUUAUUCUGCACCCUGUGCACUCCCAACUGCUGGUUUUGGAAGGGUUGUACACAAAACAUCCAUAUCUAUCCUAUAUUUACCCUGUCAUUUCUUAGGGAAUACUAUAUUUUGAUGCAUUCUUCCCCAAAUCAGCUUCGAUCUAAACUGAGAAUAAUAAUGACAAAGCGGCAAUUUAAGCCAGCAAUGUGUACACAGCCUGAUAAAGCAAAACCAUGGAUCAUUGUACACAUUGGUGUUUUAAAUUACCUACCUGCAGCUCUGAAGUGAAGAGGAAAAAGUAGAAAAAAAUGUUGAACACACAGAAAAAAGAAAAAGCCCAGUGAACUGAAAGAAGGUUCUCGACAGUCCCUUAGGCGGUCCCCUUCACCAAGUCAUUGCUUACUUCUAUUUCCGGUAAAUACCAGGCUCAAGUAACAAGGAAAUCCCCCUCAUUAAUGAGAUCUAAAAACUAGAUUAUGGUAUAUGGCAUAAAUCAGUUCACAAAAGAAUUCAGGAUAAAUAUACAGAAUAUCAUUGCUCAUUUCUCCCCUAGCAAGCGAAUGAUUAUAUUUCUAUUUUCUCAAUUCUCAACUCAUUGGAUUUUCUCAACUCAUUGGAUACAGUCCCAAAGUAUGAGUAGAAUAGUACCUUUAUAAGGACUAACUUUAACAUCACUAAGUAACGAAGCUUAUAAAAUUGUAGGCAGUCAUGUUACUCCAUGAGGAAAAACCCUAAAUUCACAGUAGAUACCUGUAUUAGGAUAAGCUAAAACAAAGAUGAGGAGCCUAGGACUGUUCAGUUGUUCCUGGACAGCAACUCCCAUCAACCCCAUUCACAUGGCUCAGAUCAGGGAUGAUGGGAGUUGGAGUUGAGCAGCAGCUGGAUAAUAACAGGUUCCCCAUCCUGGAAUUAAAACAUCACAAAUUAAGUGACGUUUGGGUAAGUUGCUUUGGGUUGCCUUGGGCAUGAUAAAGUGACUGACAAAUUUAAUAAAUAAAUGAAUAAAUAAUAAAUGCAUUUGUUUUUAUAACAUACACUCUGGCUUUUGAUUCUCCUGCCACAAAUAUGAAAUUAUGAUGACUUGGGAAUUACUUUUGCAUUUUGUGAGGCACGCGAGAAGCAAAAUGAGAAAUAAGAGGUUUCAAAUAUCUGUGUUAAAUGCAGAAGACAAAAAAGAUCUCUGAUUGUAAAUAUUACUGUAAAUAUGACUUGGAGAGAAAUAUUCUUCCUGUUCAAUGUGCCAGGAGGAAAAGUUCAAUGUUACUAGUUAAUACAAAUUUAAAAUGUUAGUUUGAGCAGAGUGGAAGGUUCGACUUUUACCUCAGCCGUGAACUCACUUGGUGGCCUUAGGCAAGACACUAUCCUUCAUACGAAGUACAGAGAUAAUACUGCCCUGCUUUACAGGAUUGUUGUAAGGAUUUCUGAGAUUAUGAAUGUGAAGUGGACUGAACACUCAAAAGCAUUAAGUAUGUGCUAAGUUGUUGUCCUCCAGAGCUCUCUUCAACUGCCAACUCUACAAAAUGGCCACUGGUUUCUUCCAAUCAUCCAACUAUGUCAGAGCAAAGAAUGUAACAACUGAUAUUGAUAGUACACAAAGGGUGUAUAAAUAGGGGAAUGAGGACUAACCGGUCCAUGCAUAUAGGAAGGAGUAAUACCUAAAAGUGUACCAUCAGUGUUAUGUUAUGCAGCCUACCUUGUGCCCCCUAAGCUGCCUUGCUGCCCUUAGGCACAGUCUCAUCACCAGUCUUGCAGUCAGGUUCAGCUGCCAGUAUGGUGGGCUUCUGUGCACCAUCUUGUCUUUUGCUCCAGGCAGCAAAAUGUCUUUGCCAGUGCUGUCCUUGGACCAUGUAUUGAAAAAAAAGGGGGGAUAAAAAGUCUUUAUUCUAGUAUAAAAUGUGUGCACUUUCAGAAACCAUUUUAGAAAAGUCUACUAAGUUGGGCCUACUCCAAACAUUUGGCCUUAGAAACAAGUGCUGAGUAAAAUCUAAGUAGCCAGGUAGCUGAUUAGUGUUUUUCUUCUUACUUCCAGGUGUCAAUCAGUCUCUCCACCGCCUCUUCUAUACCAACCAAGAAGCCCAACAUAUCCCCUCAGCGACAGUGAGGAUUCCUGCCGCUCCAGUAGUUUGACCAAAGUUUCCAGCUCCAGGGUGCUCCUCAAGGACCGGACUAACUGUGGAGUUGCCUUGAGAAGCACCUCAAGUUCUCCUUCAGACACUGAAUCUCCAAAUCACCCCCUCAAAGCUGUCAGCAUUGGCUGCUUGGACAAAAGGCUCUCUCUUUUCCAGACUGAAGACCAAAAGGAGGCCUCCAAGGAGACUCAGGAUGGAGAAGCUGUAGGCAGCCGCCAGCUUACACGGAGCACUCUCUCCUUGGGGUCUGCAGCGAACCUCCGGAACCUCUCCCUCAGCAGAGUCAGCGUCCAUUCCCAAGCACUCGAUAUCAGGCAGAAGAUAUCAGAAUGGGAAUGUCGGAAAGAGCCUUCCCCUAGGAUGAGUGUAUGCUUGGACAAGAGGGAUGUUGGGGACAGGUCAGGCAGUGAGACUUGCCCUAGUAUGUUGCCUUCUCCCUGCAGCGAGAAGACUUUUGACUACAAAGGGUUCCGGAGGAUGAGCAGAACGUUUUCUGAAUGCUCCUACCCAGAAACAGAGGAGGAGGAGUUCCUGGACAGAGAUUCCUGCCACAGGUUUGAAAAGAGGCCGAGCAGGAGCGAGUCGGCAAAUGCUUUCUUCAAGGGGAACGCAAGAAAAGAGAGUUCUGCCGUGCUGAACAGAAUACAGAAGAUUGAGCAGGCUUUAAAAGAACAGCCAGGCAGGGGUCUUCCUCAGUUGCCCAGUAGCUGCUAUAGUGUUGACAGAGGAAGAAAAAAGUCUGUGACUUCAGGUAUUGUGGAGGACUUGAAUGAGAACACAAAUGAUAGUAAAGCAGGGAGUGUUAUUUGUGGGAGUAGUCCAGAGACACCCACUGAGACUGAUAAAACUAGUAAAAUGCCACAAGGACUCAAUGCCACAGUUAGUCCUGUUGGUCCUAAGCUGCUUCCUGAGAACUUGGCAAACACAGCGGUAAACCCUGUGCCCAAGCCCAAACGCACCUUCGAGUAUGAAGCUGACAAGAACCAUAAAAGUAAACCAAGCAAUGGCCUACCUCCUUCACCUCUGGCUGCUGUUCCUCCCCCUCUUCCGUCAACUCCUGCUCCCCCUGUCACCCGGAGGCAGAAAAAAGAGUCACGCUUCCACAGAAAAUCCCAAAAUAGGUAAAGAUGGAAAGCUGUUUGUCAUAUAUUCUCAAGAUGCAUCUCCUUUUAAGGUCACAAUCUCAGCAGAUAAGAAUGAAAGACAGUCUUAAUUAGGCUACAGCUUUUGUGUUGUAGAAUCAUUGCCUCUUGUAUCCUGCUAAUCAGGGUUUUGCCAUUUGCAGCAAAAAAAGGGACAUGAAUCUUCUAACAGAUUCAGCUGCCAGACGAACUUUUAUUUUACCAACAACGACCAUGACUAAAAGGAAAAAUACAAGUUGUAGUCUCCAUCUGUGGAAUUGGAGAGUUCUUAAAUAAGGAGCAAUUUUGAAUGUACAUUGUAGGAAGUGCUUUACUGCUUUUAUUUUUCUUCACAGUGAUCCCAUGAAGUAGGCAAGGCCUAAGGCCUUCCAGUGUGUUUCAUGGCUGAGGGGAUUUGAACCUGGGUCUUCCACCUGCAAACCUAACAAUGGUCCAUUGCUGCUAUUUACACAUCAUUUGUGUGAUGGUGAUGGUGAUGGUGAUGAUGAUUAUUAUUAUUUAUACCCCACCCAUCUGGCUAGGUUUCACCAGCCACUCUGGGUGGCUUACAGCAUAUAUAUGUAAAUAUAAUGUUAGACUUUAAAAUUAAGGCUAACCACUUUCCUCAAUAGCCCUUGGUGUCUGUCUCCAGUGGAUCAGCCAUACUGGAAUCAGUUUAUACUGACUGACUCUGGCCCAAAUGUGCCUUUCUCUUGAGCAGAGAGGAUACAAAUUCUCUUGGGGUUAUGUCUAGGCUGUAUUUAUUCUGCACUAAAAAAAAUAGACAAAACAACAAACUGCAGUAAUGUAACCCAUGUUCUGCAAUCUGUACAAAUUACACAAAUUAGCUUAUUUUGAACAAUUUGUUCUGCUUAUCCUUAUUCUAAUAGAAUUUUAGAGAUGCCCUCUAGCUUCUGAUAAGGACACCCAACGUCUUAUGAAGAAAACUACCGGUAACUGUAUUUAGGAUGCUAACACUAUAGAGGCCCAGACCCUCAAAGUGCAGUAACUCCAGCAGCCAUAGAACAAGCCCUCUCAGAGUGCUUCCUUGCAUACCACAAUAGGAUGGAGAUGGAUCCUCUGCCAAAUAUUUAAUCUCCAUUUCCCAGCAGUGCUGUUACAUAUUAUUCUUUGCCAUAGUGUUAUUCGCAAGGAAGGGCAAUGAGCUAUGUAUCGUGCUAAAACACUUUAGACCAUGAUAGACAUGAAUGUGCAUAAACUAUUUUCAAAGCCAUAUGGAUUGGAAACAUGCUUUGUAUUUUUUAGAAAGAUGAUUUGAGAUUCUCAGGAUGCUAAAUUGUAAACUCAUUGAUGAUCUCAUUGCUUGCACAACAGAGCCACAUGCAAGUGCUGUCUUGAAGCAAUAAUCUCUCAUGGCCUUAUAUAUGUUGCCCUUGCAUAAUGUCUCUUUGGUAUAGAAAGGAAAUGGACAGAAACUUAAAUGUAAUGUUCACUGCCACUGAUGUGUGUUCCAACUGCUAUGGCUGAGGAGUGCAAAAAUGUUGAAUGAAGCCUGGAAUGAUGAGCUGCAAGCAGGAACUUCCGAAUAAAUCACAGGAUGUGGCCAGCGGCUAACAAGUGCCCAGAGGAGAAAGGCAGGAUUCUCAGGACUUUGGAGAGGUCCAAGGAAACCACAGCUGUUAAGUCAGGAAUGGGGAACUUGUGGCCCUUCAGAUAUUGUUGGACUACAGCUCUGAUCGUUGGCCAUGCUGGCUGGGGCUGAUAGAAAUUGGGAGUCCAACAACAUCUGGUUUCUCAUCCCUGCCUUAAGUUAAGCGCUAUCUGUAUGUAUGUAUGUAUGUAUGUAUUUUUGUCAAUGUAUGUUCAGUUCAUGGGCUAGCACAAAAUAUGCAAAACAAGAAUGAAAAUGUCGUAUAAUAAUAAUAAUAAUAAUAAUAAUUUAUUAUUUAUACCCUGCCCACCUGACUGGGUUUCCCCAGCCACUCUGAGCGGCUUCCAACAAAAUAUUAAAAUACAAUAGUCCGUCAAACAUUAAAAGCUUCCCUAAACAGGGCUGCCUUCAGAUGUCUUCUAAAAAUCUGGUAGUUGUUUUUCUCUUUGACAUCUGGUGGGAGGGCGUUCCAUAGGGCGGGUGCUGAAUCAGUGUUCAAAAUCUCAUCAUGUUGGCUGAAAACCUCAAAAAACUUGUCUUUAAUGUUUAACUACCACCACCUUGGGGUUAUGGCAAAAUCAAAAUCUGACAAAUCACAUGGUUGGUACUUCACAGGUCUGAUACAUAGGUAAUUCAGUAUUUUGUGUAUUUUCUAAGUGUGGCAAGAUAAUGUGGAUGUAUGUUUUAGAUUUGAUACGAAGCUAACUUUAAUCAACAGUCCAGUCACCAAUUUAUUCUUUAUGUUUAACCAAAGAAUCUCAUCAUAGACUCAGACGCGGUGUGUGUGUGGGACGGGGGAGACUCAGGGAGGAAGAGUAUACGGCUGUCUUCUUCUGAUACAUUAACCCUUGCUAGCAUUACGGGUGGCAUUCAGCUAAGCUUUACUCAGAACAGGUCAAUUGAAAUUAAUGAACAAGGACUUAGUUAGGUCCAUUAAUUGUGGUGGGUCUGCCUGAGUAAAACUUAGUUGAAUGCCACCCAAUAUCUGCACUGAGCUUUAAAGCACUGUUAAUUAGGCAAUCAGAAAAUUAUUCUUUUACAUUUUCUCCACUCUAGAAAAUCCUUUGAGUUUGAAGAUGCUUCAAGCCUCCAGUCCUUGUACCCUCCAUCCCCAAGUGAGAAUGGAACUGAAAGCCAGCACAAGUUUGGAUCUAAGAGCACUUUAGAAGAGAAUGCCUACGAAGACAUUGUAGGUAAGGACCUGUUGUGGCACACAAAAUAGCUGCUUGAUGUUGAGCAAUUGUGGUCAGGCAGUGACUUGUUGAAUAUGUGUCCUGUUGUACAACAGCAAGAAGCCUUUAAGUGAAGGGUAAAUGGGCUGAAACAUCAGAGCAAGCAUAUUAUACGCAGACUGUAGGCAGGAGGUCUUGAUUCCUUUAAACCUCACUGAGCAGUCUUAUUGGAAACAGAUUACUUGGUUAGCCAUCACCAUGUUUUUCAUGGCGUAAAUCAUUGUUUGUGAAGACUUUCCUGGGAACCCGCUGUGGGCUUAGAGAAUAUAGAAGGAAAAAUAGAUGCAGAGCUUGCAGAACUAUUAAACAGCAGGGUGGUUCCUGUAGGAGGUGGCUUUUGGCCUAUGUUUAGAGGAUGUCUGUGUAAACUCAUCUGCAGCAGCUACCUUCCUCAGCACUCAUCUCUUUUCUCUGCCAGCUAUAUUGUUUUUUGGUGACUAAAAGUUCAUCCCCGCUGUCCACUUCUAACACCUAAAGAGAACAGCAGAUUAAUAUUGCCAACAAAAGAAAAUGUCUAACACUUCCAUAUCUAUCUAUCUAUCUGUCUGUCUGUCUAUCUGUCUAUCUGUCUAUCUGUCUAUCAUCUAUCUAUCUAUCUAUCUAUCUAUCUAUCAUCAUCUAUCUAUCUAUCUAUCAUCUAUCCAUCCAGAGGUGCCAGCUUGCAAGGGCAGUUGAAGAUGCCAACGUCAUGUGUGUGAUGUCAUGCAAGCAAUGUAAGGAGGUUGGGACAAACACGGCAGCCGCAUGGCUUCAAUGGCAGGCGACUCCUCCUUUGUUCCUCCUGGUGCUGCCAUGGGUGGGAGGCUGCUUUGGCCCUCCUUCCCUUCCGCUGUAGGAGGAGGAGGAGACGGCCACUGGAGCUGCAAUGUGCUUUGCAGACAUGGGGGGGGUGGCCUCUACCCCCAAAAUAUAUGGGGGUCCCCAAAGGGCUCAGCCCCAGGAGCUCAUACCCCUCUAUCUAUCUAUCUAUCUAUCUAUGCACACAAACACUCUUAAGUUUAAUAUUCUGGAUGUGUAUACCUAUCCUUAUUAGUAUAAAUCAUAUGAAAUAUAAGCUAAGAGUGAAGUUUUUAAGAGGAUAUAUAAAUGGAAACUGGUGCUUUUAAAAUACUGAUUCAUUGGCAUUGGCAAUAACACCUUUCUUUAUCUUCCAUGCCUUUUUUCCCUUUAUGAUUUCGUGACUUUUCUGAAGCAGCAAUUCCCAAAUGCACAAAUUUGGGGAAUGGCUUUAUCUCAGUGGUACAGCACAUGUUUUUGCAUGCACAAGGUUCUGGGUUAAAUUCCUGACAUCUCUAGGCAGGGCUGGGAAAGACUCUGCUCUGAAACCUUGGAGAGCCACUGCCAGUCAGUGUCAACAAUACUAGGCUUGAUGGACCAAUGGUCUGAACUCAUAUCAGGAAGUUUCCUAUUAUCCCAAAACACUGAGUUGAAGCCUCAAUUAUAAAGAACCAUUUAUCAUUUUUAAGUGAUAUACAGUCGUACCUUGGAUCUCAAACGCCAUGGUUCCUGAACAAAUCGGCUCCUGAACGAUCGAAACCUGGAAGUGAGUGUUCUGGUUUUCAAAUGAUUUUCGGAAGCUGAAUGUCUGGCACAGCUUCCACAGCUUCCACUUGGCUGCAGGAGCUUCCUGCAGCCAAUCAGAAGCCACACUUUGGUUUCCGAACCUUUUGGAAGUCGAACAGACUUCUGGAACGGAUUCCGUUCGACUUUCAAGGUACAACUGUAUAACUAGAAGUUCUAGACAGAAAGAACUGUUUGAGUGUUAUUUGAGCAUUAGUUUUCAGAUUGCUAGCGUAUUUUAUCUUGGCUUGCCAUGCCACUCUAAGAUGUUUCUAAUAUAAUUGGCUUAAAUAGCCAGCUGAGUUACUAUAUGUAAAAAGUUCCCCUCCCCCAGUUAUCAAGACGUGUGCAAGAGUUGCGGAGGCUCUUAUUUUUAGGUGAUUUCCUAUGUCUUCUUUUAUUUAUUUAUAAGAUUUCUCACCCACCCUUUACUGCAAGAUCAAAGAAGGACAAGUAAAUGGAAUAUGCUGCAAGUCUGCCUUCGUUUUAAAUGUUACGAGUUUAGAAUAUAAAACUCUGAAAACUUUUCAAUCUAUCUUAUCACAAGCUGUCUAGAGGGUUGCAGGUGGAAUGGUGAGACAUGAUAUUUGUGUGUGUGUGUGUGUUUUGUUUUUUUUUUUUUUGUUUUUUUAAAGCAAUUUAUUAGGUUUUACAAUAGGAAUAAAUGUAAUAAACAAUAUAGCAUUCGUCUUAACAUAUUUUCACAUUUUCUUAGGACUUCCUCACAUCUCCCGCUCCCACCUUCAUCAUUAUAACAUUUUGUCAGCAAUUUAUCAUCUUAUUUAAAUUCUUAUAUCUCUUCGAUAUUUCAUAAUCUUAAAGUUCUCAUAAAGAGUUAAACUUUCACAAUUUUUCUUGUUUCCUUAAAAAUUUCUAAGUUAAGUGGUGCUCAGUUAUUUAGUCCAGCAUCUUAUUCAGCAUUCAAUCAAAUCACAAUGUUUUUGUAGGUAGUUCUUAAAUUUCUUCCAAUCCUCCUCGAUUCUCUCUUCUCCCAGGUCACGGAUUCUGCCAGUCAUUUCAGCCAGUUGCAUAUAGUCUAUCAGUUGCAUCUGCCAUUCUUCCAGUGUGGGUAGAUCUUGGGUUUUCCAAUGUUUUGCAAGUAGUAUCCUUGCUGCUGUUGUUGCGUACAUAAAAAUGUCUGGUCCUUCUUUGCCACCCCUUGGCUGACAAUACCCAAAAGGAAAGCCUCUGGUUUCUUAGUGAAAGUAUAUUUAAAUACCUUUUUCAAUUCAUUGUAAAUCAUUUCCCAGAACGCCUUCACUUUAGGGCAUGUCCACCAGAGGUGAAAGAACGUUCCUUCACACUCUUUGCAUUUCCAGCACUUGUUAUCAGACAGGUGGUAAAUUUUUGCGAGUUUGACUGGGGUCAUAUACCAUCUAUAAAUCAUUUUCAUUACAUUUUCUUUCAAAGCAUUACAUGCAGUAAAUUUCAAUCCAUUACUCCACAGCCUUUCCCAGUCCUCAAACAUAAUAUUGUACCCAAUGUCCUGUGCCCACCUUAUCAUAGCCGAUUUAACCAUUUCAUCUUGUGUAUUCCAUUCCAACAGCAAGUUAUACAUCCUUGAAAGUAUCUUAGUCUUUGGUUCUAACAAUUCUGUUUCUAAUUUCGAUUUCUCCACCUGGAACCCUAGUUUCUUAUCACUUUUAAAAACUUCUUUAAUCUGAGCAUAGUGUAACCAAUCUCGCACUUUGUCUUUCAUUUUCUCCAAGCUCUGCAAUUUCCAAUUGUCUCCAUCUUUUCUAGUAUUUCCCAAUAUUUUGGCCAUUUGGCCUCCAUAUUGGGUCUUUUUCGAGCCUUAGCUUCCAAAGGUGAAAGCCACCUUGGUGUUUUAUUUUCCAGCAAGUCUUUAUAUUUUGUCCAGACAUUAAACAGUGAUUUUCUAACAAUAUGGUUCUUAAAGGCCUUAUUUGCUUUAACUUUGUCAUACCAUAAAUAUGCAUGCCAUCCAAAAACAUUGUUAAACCCCUCCAAAUCUAACACAUCAGUGUCUUCAAGAAGUAGCCAGUCUUUUAGCCAGCAGAACGCUGCGGCUUCAUAGUACAACUUUAAGUCCGGCAGGGCAAAGCCCCUCUUUGUUUUGCAUCGGUUAGUAUCUUAAACUUAAUUCUGGGCUUUUGCCCUGCCAGACAAACUUCGAAAUGUCUCUCUGCCACUUCUGAAAGCACCCCAUUUUGUCCAAUACCUGCAGUGUUUGAAAUAAAAACAACAUUCUUGGCAAUACAUUCAUCUUAAUCGCAGCAAUUCGGCCUAACAAAGAAAGUUUCAAUUUUGACCAACUGUCUAAGUCUCUCUUAAUUUCUGUCCAACAUUUUUCAUAAUUAUCCUUAAAUAGACUUAGAUUUUUGCUGUUAUGUUUACCCCUAGGUAUUUUACUUUUUAACCACAUUAAGUUCCGUCUCAUUCUGAAACCGUUCUGACUCUGUCUCAGUCAGAUUUUUCCCCAAAACCUUAGUUUUCUGUUUGUUUAAUUUAAAUCCCGCCACCCGACCAAAGUCAUUAAUCAAUUGUAAUACUCUUUUCGUACUAGGCUCUGGCUUCUGCAAGGUCAAAACCAGGUCAUCUGCUAAGGCUUUUAAUUUAUAUUGUUUCUGACCAACCUGAAUUCCUUCCACCAGCUGGUCCCCUCUGAUCAUGUUCAAUAGCACCUCCAGGACCGAAAUAAAUAACAAAGGGGAAAUAGGGCAACCUUGUCGUGUCCCUUUUUCAAUUUUGAACUCUUCUGUAACCACAUUAUUAACUAUCAGUUUUGCUUUCUGUUCUGAAUAUAUCGCCUCAAUCCCAUUCUCAAAACCCCGUCCCACUCCCAUCUCUUUUAAGUUUCCCAUCAUAAAUUUCCAAGAAAUGUUAUCAAAGGCCUUCUCCGCAUCUAUAAAAAUUAAAACAGCUUUUGUAUUUAUGUCAGUUUGGAGAAGUUCCAAAAUAUCAAUAAUGUUCCUUGUGUUAGCAAACAAAUGUCUACCUGGGAGAAAACCGGCCUGGUCCUUAUGAAUUACUUCAUUUAAAACUUUUUAAAUCUACUUGCCAAAAUAUCUGCAAAUAUUUUGUAAUCCACAUUUAAAAGGGAGAUGGGACGGUAGUUCUUCAGUUGUGUCUUUUCAGUUUCUAACUUUGGUAUCAAUGUGAUAAACGCUUCCUUCCACGAAUCCGGUGCCCUCUUCCCCCCAUAAUUUCAUUGCUAACCUCCAUCAAAGGUUGUAUCAAAUAGUCUUUUAGUGUCUUGUAAUACUUGGAGGUCAGCCCGUCUGGCCCUGGAGAUUUGCCAAGUUGCAUGUUCUGAAUAGCUUGUUCAAUCUCCUGUCGUGUUAUUUUAGAGUUCAGGAUUGUCCUAUUUUCUUGUGACAGUUUAGAUAAUCCAUUUUUGGCAAAAAUUGUUUAAUCUCAACUUCGUCUUGCGGCCCUUGGGUAUAUAACUUUUAAAAUAUCUCUGGAAACACUUUCUAAUGUCCACUGGAUUCUGAAUGUUUCUUCCAUCAACCUCUAAAUUUGUAACCGUGUUUAAUCUUUGUCUUCUCUUCAACUGCCAAGAUAGCAGUUUUCCACAUUUAUUCGCCGACUCAAACGUUUUUUGUUUCAUUAAUUUGAUCUUCCAUUCAAUUUCCUGAUUUAUCAAUUUAGAAUACUGUGUUUGAUAAAGUUUAAUUUCUCUCAGAGUUGGCUGUGACUUUGGAUUCACUCUUAAUUUCUUCUCCAAGUCUUUUAUUUUAUCCAAAAUCUUGUCUUUUUUCUCAUUUUGUGUUUUUUUCUUUACUACAUUCUGUUGUAUCAGAAAACCCCUCAUAACAGCUUUGCUUGCGUCCCAGACGAUUCUUUUUUCCACCGAAUUGUUCAUAUUUAUCUCAAAAUAAUCUUUCAAAACUUUUUGGGCCUUCUUGGUAAUUUCCUGAUCUCUAAACAAAUUGUCAUUCAUCUUCCAUCUAAAGGAUCCAGUUGGUAGUAGUGUCAUGUCCAUCUUUACUGCGUUGUGGUCAGAACAGGUCUUUGGGCAGAUUUCCACUUUUCUAACCCUAGGUGCCAGGCCUCUAGAGAUCCAUAUUUGGUCGAUUCUUGUCCAGGUCAGUUGGGCUUCAGAAAAGAAUGUUCCUUCUCUACCUAGUGGGUUUUUGUUCUCCAAAUGUCGAUCAAGUCCAUAUUGUCAGUCAUUUCAAAAAGGUUUUAGGUAGUCUGCCAUCUUUUGUGAUGUUUUGACUUUGCGACUUGUCCAUGUUAGUUGACACGACCCCGUUCAUGUCUCCCAUCAUUAUGAUGUUGUUGUAAUCCAGAUGAUCCAGCAUUGUCCCCUGCAACUUCUUGUAAAAUUCCGAUUUCCCUUCAUUAGGCGCAUAGAUUCCUAAUAUCAGCAAUUUCUCUCCUUGAUAUUGUAUCUCAAUAGCCAAAAUCCUUCCAUGUUCAUCUUUAAAUAGAAAUUUAGGUGACAGGCUCUCUUUUGCAUAUAUCACCACUCCUCUCUUCUUCACUUUAUCCGACGAAAUAAAUUCCUGGCCCAAUCUUUUAUUUGUUAACACUUUUCUGUGGAGCCUCGUCACAUGUGUUUCUUGUAAGCAAAUAAUGUCCAAUUGUUCUUUUUUUAAUAUAUGAAAAAUUUUCUUCCUUUUCUCCGGGAUAUUGCAACCAUUAAUAUUCCAGCUCAACAGUUGCAGAGACAUCCUGGAUCUAUCUGGUUAUUUCUCCUGGGGUGGUGUCUUCUCUUGAUCUUCAAGUUCCCGAGGUGGAGGUAUUGAUGCUGGCUUUGCCUCAGGCCCGGAAGGUAGUUCAAUUCCUUUAUGUAGGUCCUCUCCGUGUGUAGCCAGAAAUUUAUCUCUCUCUUCCAAUGUUCUAAUUUUAACCUUUCUCGCUCUAAAGGUAAAAGACAAUCCCUGGGGAAAAUCCCACCUGAAUGGAAUUGCGUUGCUCCUUAAUAGUUUAGCUAGUUCAGAAUAGGCGGCUCUAAGAUCCAACAAUUGUCUUGGGAUAUCUUUAUAUAUCUCAAUUCUUCUAUCCAAAACUUCCAGUGACUUUUCGUAAUGUAGGCCCAAAAUCUUAUCCCUUUCCUCCUUCGAUCUCAAUGUAAUCAAACAAUCCCUGGGCCUCUCCUUCUUUAUAAAUCUUCCAAGUCUGAAAGCUGACACAAUUUUAAAGUCCUUUUCUUCCAAAUUCCAGAACUUGGAAAGUUCUUUGGUCAAAAACUCAGUUAGAUUUCCUUCUUCUGCCUCUUGUAAUGAUCUAAUCCUCAGAUUAUUCUCACGAUUUCGCAGUUCUAUCAUAGAAAGAUAAAUCUGAUGUUCCCCAACUUGUUUAGUGAGUGGUCUUACCUCUUGCUCUAAAUUUUCCAAUUUUUGUCUGGUGUCCUCAGCCAAUUUUCGAUUUUCUACUGAGGCCUCCGUCAACUGUCCAAUUGCUUGUGUAUUCUGUCCCACCUGUGUAGUUAAUUUGUUUAGACACUCUGUAUUUUUAUCAAUCUUUGCUGAUUGCGCAUCUACUUUCUUGUCCAAAGCUUCCAAUUUUUCAAAGAUUUUUUCUAGCACAGAAGCAGAUGCUCCUGAGGCCAUAUCUUCCAAUUGUAACUGCUCUACUUCACCCUCUCCCUCUUUUGCCUGCGGCAAGGCAGCUUCUUCAAGUUGUACUUCUGAGGGCAAAGUAGGCACAGAUGAUCUACGUGUCUGCGAGGCUGAGGUUAGAUUUGUUAGAGUUGUUUGUCUAACUCUUCCUCUUCUUCUUGUACCACUCAUUCCAAUGUUAUCUAUCAGUCAAGGUCACACUGAGUUUUUCCCACAGGAAUAGAGAGUCCCAGAGCAAGCAGACAACAAGAGAAUCGAAAGUAAAUGUUUUUAUAAAGUCACUGUUUUAAUCCAAUCCUCUAGAGGGAGCUUAAAAUGUCUUUUCAGAGUCUGAUUUAAUGUCCCAGAACCUUCCAAUAUAAGUAUUAAGCAGAGUUUAAAGGUAAUCACUUUGUUGCAGACAGUGCUUAUUUGUCUCCAAAAAGAAUGUUUCAAAUUUAAAAUGUCUCAAUGCCCUCAAAUUGUUGCAACUUCCAGUAUACAGUAUCCAAGUCAAACACUGACAGCCCACUGUUACAAUGCUCAAGCAGUCCUGACUCUGGGUUUCACCUUCCAAUUUGUAAUCCAAUAAAAGGGGGAAAGUCAAGUGCAAAUAAAAGGUCCAAAUCUUUAACUUGCUAAUUUUACUUUAAAUUGUAAGUUCCAUAGAUGCUUGGCUGUGUAGAGUUUAAAAUCUCUUUCUUUCAGCCUCCACUCCUCCACCUUAGUUGCUUUUUUUUUCCAAGUUCAAUGGCAGCGGAAGACGGACUUCCUGUUUCCACGUCUCUCCGCUUUCAACCAAAUUCAAGUCAAUUUAAACCUUCUCAUUUAAAAUUUGUAAUUCCAAGUGAUUCAGUCUUUACUCACGAGUAAGUUGUUUUCUUCCAGGUCCGAAUUUUAACAGGAAAAGGGAUCAGCGCUCACCGGCAGCAGCAGCGCGGCUUCACUCCGCUGACUGUGAAACGGCUCACAGCGCCGCAGCCCCUCCACGCUCCGGAGCCUCUUACGAGGCUCCUUCUGCAGUUGGAGGGCUGCUCUUGGCGCCCGCCGAGCCUCAGGACCCCAGGCUCUUGCUGCCUGGGGUUUUUCUCACUGGGUCUCCGCUUCGCCGUAGCGGACGACCCGGUUUCAGCGGAGCUUCUUCUCCGGUCGGGAGAAGACCGCCAUUACCGUUCGCGCCGCCCCCGGAAGUGUGUGUGUGUGUGUGUUUUGGUGUGCCGUGAAGCCUACGGAUAGACUUGGGCAGGUCAGUAUCUCACACAUAGUUGAGAGAAAACGGACAGAAGAGUUAUGCUGAAUUGGGUAGAGGGUACAUUUUAGCCAGCAUCCUAUUCUCAGCAGUGGCCAAACAACACUUCUGGGGAAGCCAACAACCCCAGCUCCUUGGAGGAAGAGUUGGAGUCCAAAUUUACAGAUAAAUAAAUCCACUUUGAAUCACUAUGUGACUACCAACAGAGCAUGAAAGUGCCUGCCACUUUUCCCCCACACUGCCAUUGAUCACAGUAAUUUGGGUGCAUGCCUGUUCACAGCAUUGUGAUUCUUCAAACUGGAUUGACAAAGUUUUAUUUCUCUUUAUUCCAACUUCAAAACCUCUCUUCAGUGUACCAGUCUUUUACUCAGAAUUUCUGCAUGUAAGUGGAGAUUCCACCCCUAUUUUAGCAACCGUCUUACACACAGUGUGAACAAUAAUCCUUGAUCUUUUUCCUAACAAACAAACAAAAAAUGACAGUACCAUUUGCCAAAAUGCUAAUAAUAAUGAAUUGACUUAUAAUGGAAUCACUCCCUUUAGUUUUGACUGUGUGACUGUCAUUCUUUAUGUAGCCAAAACAGCAACAGCAGCAUGCAACAGGGAGAAAUGAUGAUUUCUCCCUGUUAUGUGCUGCUGUUGCUGAUGAUACAGAGUUUGUAGAAGUACACAAAUAUUUAGAAAACAAAUUCUAAGGCUGUGAACCUCAGUAACAGCUGAAUACGAGCUGAGCAUGUUCAGUGGCCGCAAAAUGCUGCAAUCCUGAACAGCAGCACUCCACAGCAAGAUUUUAUUGCAGCUCCCACUUCUAUUUAGUGAUAAAACUAGGAUCCAUGGUAAUACAUUCAUCUUCAAUACUGGUAUCCUUCCCAUUCAUGCAAACUUGAAGCCCAAAAAGUUAUAUCCUAGUAUAUUUCUUUGAGAGGAAUGUGUUUGAUUAAAAUUCCUUCUUUUUCCUCAGAGGUCUAUUAAUACUAGGUCUGUAAUUAGAAACUCAAUGAUUUCUUGUUGAUAUAUAACUUAUGAAACCACUGAGUCCCAUUAAACACACAGUGCAUGCACAUAUAUCAGAUUGUUCUUCUCGCAGGUAUGGAGUUUAAGACUGGGUUUAUUAUAGCUCUGUGCAUUGGUGCACAGAUGUCUUAUUCCUUUUUUUCUAAAAGUAGCAAUAUAUUGUGACUAACUCAGAUAUGAGAAUUGUUCUACUUUGCUUUAUUACAGUAUUUAAGGACUGGUUAUCUUUAGAGAUUAUAUGGCUGUAGCUAGUUAGAAUUAAUAUUAUGACAGCACCCCUACUGUGGCAUGGGAGUGUUUGACUGCGUUUUGAAAUUACUUUCCACAGAAAUACGCAAGGUGACUUACAGUUGUGAAAUAAAGUCAAUCAAAAUUCAUUAUAAAUGUAGAAACUUUUAAAAUAGUACAAAGCAUUAAGAAGAUCAAAGUGGCAGACUUACAGUUUAAAAGCACCACAUACAGUGGUACCUCGGGAUACAAACUUAAUUCGUUCUGGAGGUUCUUAACCUGAAACUGUUCUUAACCUAAGGUACCACUUUAGCUUAUGGGGCCUUCCGCUGCCACUGUGCCACCGGAGCACAAUUUCUGUCCUCAUCCUGAGGCAAAGUUCUUAACCUGAGGUACUACUUCCAGGUUAGCGGAGUCUGUAACCCAAAGUGUUCGUAACCUGAGGUACCACUGUAAUGGCAUGUGUUGUUUUACAAAGGAAAAACUUUUUGAAAUGUUUUCACCUGCCUCUGAAAGAGGGACAGUGAAGGGAUCAAAAUGUCGAAGGAGCUGGUGUGGUGAUACAUUCUGAGGCUCUGCUCUGCAUAGCGUUUGUUCUAACUGUAAGAGAAUUGUCAAACGUGCUAAAACGCUAGCUGCCCUUUAUUUUGCUGUCAGACUUUUUUUCUACUGUUAUAGUAGCUGAUCCUGUGCCUCAUUUCCUCUCAGAUCGGGGUACCCACGGCCUUGAUAACUCGCAUUAUAGCUGGUGAAUGUCUUUGAUGAGGUGUUAGCUUGACAUUUGCCUGACUCUGACCCACACUUUAGCACUGGAAUGGUUUGGCAUAAUUGUGUCAGCAUGCUCUGUCUCAGCCUCCUGAGUUCUUCAGGGAGUCCUGUGAAUACAGCUAUGACAGAGUUCAGAGAACUGGAGAAUUGUAGAGUUGGAAGGGACCAAACCCCCUGCAAUGCAGGAAUGAGUUGAAGGUUUUCUUUCUCUUUAUUCCCCCUUUGCUCAUCGUCCACUCCUACAGCACUUUGUGGCUCCUUUAGAUGUGUUUGCCUGGUUCUUGCUGUAUGAGUAUUUAGUACUACCCUAUUACUGUAUUUGAAAAUAAUGCUGUGUGACUAAGGCACACAAUCUUGUCAGCUACUAUCCACACCUUCAUUGUUACUGCCAGCGGCAGAGCUAGCCGCUCAGGCACCCGGAGCAGUGCUGUGCACCGGGGGGUGGGGCAGGCGAUCCGCCCAGGAGGUGGGGCAAUCCGCACAGUGGCGAUUGCGCCCAACCGGAGGGUGUGAUCCAGCAUGGCGGCGUGGCUGGGGGGUGCAAUCUGGCAGAGCAGCGAUUGCACCCUGCUGGGGGGUGUGAUCCAAUGCUGCGGCCUGGCCGGGGAGUGGCCACGAUCAUGCCAGGCCAGGAUUUUGUCACCCCCCCCCUCAGGGAUGACACCCGGGGCGGACUGCCCCCACUGCCCCACCUUCCUACGCCCCUGGUUACUGCCAUUCUUGUUGUAGAUGCUGUUGCUUGUUGCCAGCUUUUCUUUCUCAUGCCAGGCCUGGACAUGUUCAUUGACAGUGCUAUAUCCGGAACAAAAAUUCAUUAAAAUUGAGUCUGGGUAUUCCAGACCUUUCUGAAAUAAAUGGCACCUAACUCUCUUAUAAAUUAAUUAGUUAGUUAGAGGUACUAAGGUAUUUCUUAUUCAUAAUGGCAUUGCAAGGCAUUAAAUGCAAAUGGUAUCUGCGUGCUAUACAUGUGUCUGGUCAUUCAAGCAUUUUGGAAAAGAGUCCUAGAUAUCAUUAUUAAUAUUUUAUCUGUCAGUGUGAUUCUUGCUGCCACAUGGCUUCUUUUCAACUGCAUAGAAAAUUUAACUACAAAACACAAAUGUGAGAAGUUGUGUGAAUCUUAUCACAGAGGCGAGAGCUGAAGCUGCUAACAAGUGGAAAUAAGCUAUGGUGCAAGGUAAAAAAAUUGUAUAUUGUUAAGGUCACACAGGAGGGUACAGCUGGAGAAGUUUGCAAAGGAGUACAGAAAAUGAGAAAUCUUAUUCUAAUUAGAAUACAUACUGUUUUAUUUUAAUAUAACCAAAACAUGCCAGCCGAGUUACUAUUUAUUAGGGUAAGGAUGGAAUUUAAUAUUGUCCUACUUCAUAUCUCGCCAGUAAAGUGAGAUGAGCGCCGCAACUCCAGAGUCGUCCACAACUGGACUUAACAGUCAGGGGUCCCUUUACCUUUACUUUUACUUCAUUCUAAGACAAUAAUUUUGUAAGUCUCCACUGAUCCCCCCCAUCUGAUAUUUACAAUUUUCUGUUUGGGUUCAAAAUAUUUUCCAAUAGUAAAAAACUGGGCUUGGAUAUCUUAGUAAAAUAUAAAAGGUAAAGGUAAAAGGUAAAGGACCCUGGAUGGUUAAGUCCAGUCAAAAGUGACUAUGGGGUUAAGGCGCUCAUCUCGCUUUCAGGCCGAGGGAGCCGGCAUUUGUCCACAGACAGUUUUCCGGGUCAUGUGGCCAGCAUGACUAAACUGCUUCUGGUGCAACGGCACACGGUGACGAAAAUCAAUGUACACAGAAACGCCGCUUACCUUCCCGCCACACCAGUACCUAUUUAUCUACUUGCACUGGCAUGCUUUCGAACUGCUUGGUUUGGUUGGCAGAAGCUGGAACAGAGCAGCGGGAGCUCACCUCAUUGUGGGGAUUCAAACUGCCAACCUUCUGAUUGACAAGCCCAAGAAGCUCAGUGUUUUAGACCACGUAGUAAUAGGGACUCUGUGUAGUUGCUUGUGGGAGGGCAGAAUUCAUCAUGCGAAAGGCUGGGCUGGAUGAAUCCCAAGCCGGAAUUAAGAUUGCCGGAAGAAAUAUCAACAACCUCAGAUAUGUAAAUGACACAACCUUGAUGACAGAAAGUGAGGAGGAAUUAAAGAACCUUUUAAUGAGGAUGAAAGAGGAGAGUGCAAAAUAUGGUCUGAAGCUCAACAUCAAAAAAACGUAGAUCAUGGCCACUGGUCCCAUCACCUCCUGGCAAAUAGAAGGGGAAGAAAUGGAGGCAGUGAGAGAUUUUACUUUCUUGGGCUCCAUGAUCACUGCAGAUGGUGACAGCAGUCACGAAAUUAAAAGACUCCUGCUUCUUGGGAGAAAAGCAAUGACAAACCUAGACAGCAUCUUAAAAACAGAGACAUCACCUUGCCAACAAAGGUCCGUAUAGUAAAAGCUAUGGUUUUCCCAGUAGUGAUGUAUGGAAGUGAGAGCUGGACCAUAAAGAAGGCUGAUCGCCGAAGAAUUGAUGCUUUUGAAUUAUGGUGCUGGAGGAGACUCUUGAGAGUCCCAUGGACUGCAAGAAGACCAAAGCUAUCCAUUCUGAAGGAAAUCAACCCUGAGUGCUCACUGGAAGGACAGAUCGUGAAGCUGAGGCUCCAAUACCUUGGCCACCUCUUGAGAAGAUAAAACUCCCUGGAAAAGACCCUGAUGUUGGGAAAGAUUGAGGGUACAAGGAGAAGGGGAUGACAGAGGACGAGAUGGUUGGACAGUGUUCUCGAAGCUACCAGCAUGAGUUUGACCAAACUGCGGGAGGCAAUGGAAGACAGGAGUGCCUGGCGUGCUCUGGUCCAUGGGGUCAUGAAGAGUUGGACACGACUAAAUGACUAAACAACAACAAUUGGUUUUACUCCACUCAAAUUUUCAUAUGCUUAAGCUAUAGUCCUGAAUGCACUUUGCACACAUUUCCAGGAUAAUAUGUCCUCCCUCGCCAUAAUUUGCCAUUAGAUAAUUCCACUGAAAUCAUGGAAAUGAUUGAAAGUAAAAAUAGGAAAGAAGUUGUUGUUGGAUCCAGUCUCUUUUGUUUACAUCACUAAGCAGAACACAUUAGACUAAACAACAUUGCUAGUGGGGAUUUUUAAAAAGAUUGUCUUAUUGUAAAGUCACACAGGAAUUGUAAGGGUCUGAUCUGGAUCCAAAAAUCCCUACUAGAGGCUACAGGUGUUUCCUUUUGGGCUUCUUAGUCCACCUUAGCAAUAGAAGCUCACUGUAGUCUAGUGCUAGAGGCAGACUUGACAUCAUACAACCUUUCCCAAACUCUCCUCCACUUUCACUUUUUUUGUUUUAUAUUUGGCCCCAUAGUACAUACUAGAGUCAGUCACAAAUGCUUGAGCAGAGUCCAAACUUUUUCAAAGCUAAUGGAUGUCCAGAAAAAUGAUUUUGGUUUGGAUCCAUUCCUCUCUUUUUUAAAAAACAUGUUUUUGUUAGAUGCUCAGUAGUAAUUUAUGAGGUUAACUAGAGGUUUUCUCUGGAGUCUGAGAAGAGCUCGAAUUAUAUACUAAAUUAAUUGAGAACUUCUUAUUGUUUUAAGAUUAGCUUGAAAUAAAAGGUGAUAGCUGCAUAUGAUGAUUUUCUGGAAACUCAGCAAGUGAACAGAAUAAACGAGCGGCAUUAAAAACCCACCAUCAUUCAACUGAUGUCUGAAAGCGAGUUUGAAAGAAGAAGAAAUAAUGCUUCCUUCUACCUCAGUAGUAUUGCUUUACUGACAUUCUAAUUUGUGCAGAUUCAAUCAAUUGAUUAAUAAACUAAAACUCAUAAAAUUAAUCAAUUAAAAUUUAUUUAAUAGGGUGACAGCUCUAUACGCAGUACAAGUAAAGCUUUCCUAAAUGACUCUUCUGGAAGUUACUUGACCCAACCAUGGUAUUCAAUUCUUAUGAAUGCCAUCUUGAAAACUACUCAAUAACAAUAAAGCAGACCUUCAUUGACCUAUCAUAAUUUUGCCACAUUUUAAAAAUAAGUCCUAUAUUAUUAUGAAUAUGGGCUGAAAGUAUUUUACUUUCAUAUUUUUAAAUCCUUGAUUAUCAUGAUUGAAUUUUCAAAGUUUUGACUAUGGAUAUGCAUCUGCAAAUACUGAAUUAUUCUAGAGAAAAAUGCUAAAACCCAUUGUUUGUAGGCCAGUUCACACAGCACAUCCAUGUUCAGGGAAUAUAUGUAUUGGGAGCAGGUGAGACCAUGUCUGCUUGCUCUGCCCCUGACUUCCUUGUGGGGUGGUAAGAGAUGACUGAGUUUGUCCUUAGAAUAUAGGAAGUUCCCUUAUACUGAGUCAGACUAUUGAUCCAUCCAGCUCUUUGUGGUUUCUACUGCUUGGCAGCAGCUGCCCACAGUUUCAGGGAGGAGCCUUUUCUUGCCCCCUCCAGACAUGCAGUGAACUAAACCUGGGUGCAUGCCAAGCAAGUGGUUUUCUACUAACCUAUGGCCAUUCCCAAGGCAGCUCCUGUGGCCUUGAGACUGGCAAGACUUUGAGCCUGCAGUCUUCUUAUACAGAGUUAUUUGUUGUAUCCUUGGCACCACUGGCCCUGUAACGUGUCAUUCUGGGAAUUCUCAAUGGUAUCUUAAAUCAAUUAUGCUCUUGGAAACAUGCUUUAUUAAUAUUUAGGCCCAAUUUUCAUGUAUGUCAGUGUUCAUCUGAGCAUAAGUAUACACAUACAUGGAACACUCUUUAAAAUACAAAGUUCUCCGGAAAUCUGUAACCUGUCUUUCAAGGUGACGCAGGCUCUUCUCUGUCCCUAAGAAUGCAAUCUCUUGAACCUAGGGAACUGAAAGUCGCCACCGUUGUCUGCUCACUAGCUUCAACAAUGAUUCAUCUUCCCUGUUUCCAGUCUGCUUGCCAGUGUCAGUCCCAAAUCAGCCAGGAUUGUGGUUUUGAAGGAGCAGCAGAUUGUUCAAGCCUGUCUGCAAGCUCACACCUGCUUUGAGAAUCGCUAUUUGUGUUGCCUAGAAAAUGCCUCUAAAGACAGAUUUUUUUUUUAGUUGCAAAUCUGUUCUCUUAGUUAUAGACUAACGGGCAGAAAUGCUUUAUGUGCUACAUGAAAUUCCCUUUGAUAAAUCCCUGCUUUCAGAGUGCAAAGGAAACAUACUACUCCAGAUAAUUAUUUGAGGAAUUCAGUUUUUCUUUUUCUUGGUGCCAUUUUUCAUUCUUGCCUCACUUCAUUGUUGGCUCACUUAGCUUUGCCUAGACUUGGCUUCCCAUCUGCCACGCUUGACAGCCAGUGUGGCAAGACAUUCCUUGGAGCUGCACAUUGAAGGAGUGCAACCAUCACAAACAACUCAUCAGGGCUUCAACUCCCCAGCACAUUAUUCUUUAUUUCCCCCAAAGUGUGUUGAUUAUUUUACCAUGGCUUUCAUUUGCUCUUACUUUGGACAAAAUGUUGCACCACGUUGCCAACAAAACUAUUCUGCAGAUAGAUGCACUGGAAGCGGUAGAUUCAGGAAUCUAGGAAAGCAAAAAAAAUAAAAAUAUUUUUUUAAAGACAGUUGACCUCCAUUAAGGACCUGUGGUUAGAAUUCUCAUAUUGCAAAAUGCUGGAUUUAAGAGAUGUGGUCUUAAGCUGAAGUAAAGUCUGUUCUUUUCCUUCAACACCUGUGGGAGAGUGAUUCAAGCCUUGAGACUUCAUUACUUGAAAGAUAGCCUCUUCUCCUCUGUCCCUACCCAGGCCAUGAGGCCAUUAGUUGAGGCCCUCUUCCAAGUGCUCCCACAGUCUGAGCAGCAGGGAAUGGCCAUGAAGGAGAGGACAUUUUUGAUGGCAUCUCUCCAGUUGUGGAAUGCCCUCCCCGGAGAGGCUCACCUGGUGCCACCUUUAAUAUCCUUUUGGCACCCUUCUUUCCCCAGGCCUUUGUAAAUGGCUCCAAAGCUUUCGCAAUGAUCUCAUGAUAUGGUUUAGCCCUGUUAAGAUGAUUUUCUAGCUCUCCUCAUUUUGAUUUUAUGAUUAUGACUGAAUUUCUUUUCAUCUCUGCUAUGUUGUUUGUGGUGGUUUCAUAGUGUGCUGUUAUGUGGCUUUUUCUGCAGGGGACUUCUGUGUUUCUAACUUUUUUGUAACCCAUUCAUUAUGGGGAAGAUAAAUAAAUGCAAUAGAUAAAUAAUAUGAUGAAAUGAUUCGUCAUAGAAAGGGAGGCUCAUUUAAUUAUAUUAAAGAAUGGAUCUUGAAUGUUAACUCAAAAAAUCUCUACAACAGUUUUCAGUGUCUAUGAAAUGUCUGCUUGGCAUCAAUAUAGCAGAAUGGGUUUUACCUUUCCAACAGUUUAGAAUUUUAUAUUCUCAUGUUAUUUAUUUAUAUACUGUUCCUAAGUCUUCAGGUGUCAAAGUUAUAGCUUUUAAUGCUUGCACCCACAGCACUGAACUGUUAAACCAAUCUCCAGUCUUUACUGCAUUUAACCCCUUUCCCCCUUGCUGUGUUCCGAGAAAAAUCUGCCAUCUUAAGCUGCUAUUUGCUUUAGGAGAAAAUGUUGUAUUGGUGCCAUUUCACCAAAGCAUAUAACACUUUCAGAUGAGGGAUUUCCUGUAGCGCCUUAGUGUGGGUUAAACCACAAAGCCUAGGACUUGCCAAUCAGAAGGUCGGCGGUUCGAAUCCCCGCGACAGGGUGAGCUCCUGUUGCUUGGUCCCUGCUCCUGCCAACCUAGCAGUUCGAAAGCAUGUCAAAGUGCAAGUAGAUAAAUAGGUACCAGUCCGGUGGGAAGGUAAAUGGCAUUUCCGUGCGCUACUCUGGUUCACCAGAAGCAGCUUAGUCAUGCUGGCCACAUGACCCGGAAGCUGUACACCAGCUCCCUCGGCCAAUAAAGCGAGAUGAGCGCCACAACCCCAGAGUCGGCCACGACUGGACCUAAUGGUCAGGGGUCCCUUUACUUUUACCAGUCAAGGAGAGGGUUACAUUUCCUUCCUUCUAUUUCCAGCUGAUGCUGUUUUAAAAACCUGCUUGUUAAAUGCAAAUCACAGCUAAUGUCCUGAGCUGACUUCAGUCUCCUGACUUUGUGUCAGUUAGAGUAACUGACCUCUGCCGAUAUUUCCAAAUUCCUUUGAUCUCCUUCAAGUUACUAUUUUUUUUGCACUUGUUACGUUUUGAAUUUCUCAUUUUUCAGAAUGAUUGUGAAACACUAGCUCGUUGUCCUUAUUUUUUCUCUGGGCAGUCUCUUCAAGGUACCACCGUAGAAUUUAUGGCUUCAUAUUUAUACUCCAAAAAGACUGAAAUUCCAUUAAAAUUUAUUUGCUGAAAAUAGCCAAAUAAGUUUCUAAAUUAUUCUUCAUCUGAGCUGGGAGGUAUCUUGACUCCAGGGUUUGUGAGUUCCAGUGCAUUCUAUAGAUUUGCAUUCCAUACUACUGAGAUAAUGAUCAAGGACUGCCAAUUGAACCAUUUUCUAUUGCAGCAGCUGCUCAAGGUUUGUCAUUAAAACAAUCCAAAAAUUUUGGUUUGUGUGCAGUGUCCUUUAAGGCACUACUUACACUUUAGAUAGUGAAAGUAGCAUACCUUAAUUAAAAAAUAAUAAUAUCUGUAGGUUAGUUUAUUCUAAAUGAAUAAACACUGAGGAAGAUCUAUAAUUAUUUCAUUUCUCUGCCACUGGCCAGAAUUUUUCAUUUAAGUUCCAUUCUUUAUCCCCCUCUGUUAAUUUAUCAGUCUGGCUAGACUUGCACGCAAAGGCACUGCACCUUUCUUUCUCUUGUAUUAAUUCACACCUGCACACACGAGUCAGUAUGUCCUCCAGAUGUUAUUGGACUGCAGCUUCCAUCAUACCUGACUGUUGGCCAUGCCAGCUGUGGCUGAUGGGAGUUGGAGUCCCUCAACAUGCGGAGGGCACCAAAUUGGCUACUGGGUGGGGUGGGGAAUCAUCCAGUUACACCAAUAGACAGUCGAUUCAGGACAGGCAAAAGGAAGAACUUCCCCACGCAACACUUGGAAUUUCCCCCCACAACACUUGGAAUUUCCCCCCACGCAACACUUGGAAUUUCCUGCCACAAAAGGUAGUUUUGGCCACUAACUUAGAUGACUUUAGAAAAUGAUUAGCAGGGGCAGCCUGUCCUGCUUUGCUGGCGGAGGUGAAGCUGGAAGGUGCCUCUACUCCUCCCCUGCACAUGGCUGCAAUGCUUUCUUCCAAGAUAUUGCCAGAAGAAGCCGCUGCAGCAGGACCCAGUUGGCUGCAGGGGUAGGCAUGGCGCCCCCGCAGCUGUCUGCCACCCAAGGUGGCUGCCCCAGCCCACCUCAUGGGCGGGUUGUCCAUCAUGAUUAGACAAAUUAAUGGAGGGGGGUUGGUUUAAAAAAUUGACAUGAUAGCUAAGUGACAUAGUGAAAGCAACAGAGGCAGGUGGUUGCCAUCAGGCCCUUAUUUGUGAACUGCUGGAAACAUUUGGCUGGCUGCUGUUGGGAACAGGAUUGUGGACCCUUGAUUUGGCCUAGAAGGACUUCUGUGUUCAUAUAGUUGCUGGUACCAACACAUCUCCUGUAUAGUUGAGCCUGGAGGAAUUAUUUAAACCAGGGCUGUCCAACACCUGGCCUGAGAAGAAGAGAAGAGAAGAGUUUGGAUUUGAUAUCCCGCUUUUUCAUUACCCAAAGGAGUCUCAAAGCGGCUAACAUUCUCCUUUCCCUUCCUCCCCCACAACAAACACUCUGUGAGGUGAGUGGGGCUGAGAGACUUCAAAGAAGUGUGACUGGCCCAAGGUCACCCAGCCGCUGCAUGUGGAGGAGCGGAGACGUGAACCCGGUUCCCCAGAUUACGAGACUACCGCUUUUAACCACUACACCACACAGAUACAGUAGGAAGCAGGAAAGAUAUUUCUGGUUUUGUUUUUACAUAUAUAGAAGCCAAUUAACUGUAUAGCCUAAUCCUAUGCAUGUUUACUCAGAAGCAAAUACCGCUCUUAACCACUACACCACACUGGCUCUCAAUGAAGCCCUCAAUGCCUUUUUGGUGGUCCUCAGCAGCAGCAUUUGACUCCCACCCCCACAGCCCUCGCACUGCCUUUCCAAAGCUGGGUAAGCAAGGCGCUGGCUUUGGGCAGGAGGAGUGAGAGCUCUGACAGGGUCCUAGAGUCCUCCAUUCUCCUUCCCAAAGCCCAGUUAAUGGGUAGGCAAACUAAGACCCGGGGGCCGGAUCUGGCCCAAUUGCGGACGGUCCAGGAAUCAGCAUGUUUUUACAUGAGUAGAAUGUGUCCUUUUAUUUAAAAUGCAUCUCUGGGUUAUUUCUGGGGCCUGCCUGGAGUUUUUACAUGAGUAGAAUGUGUGCUUUUAUUUAAAUGCAUCUCCGGGUUAUUUGUGGGACAUAGGAAUUCGUUCAUUUGCCCCCCAUAAUAUAGUCCAGCCCACCACAAGGUCUGAGGGACAGUGGACCAGCCCCCUGCUGAAAAAGUUUGCUGACCCCUGGCCUAGUUAGUGCUUUCCCAACUUUGGGAAGAAUGUGAGCCUCACAACUCCUUUCCAAAGCCCAACCCCUCGCAUAUCCAACUUUGGGGAGGUAGCAUGAGGGCUGAGGGGGCAUCACAUUUUGGCCUUGCUCUUCUCCACCCCCGCACAUCAAGGCAGUGUGCAGCCUGCAUGUUCUGUGUCAAAGUUGGACCACCCUUAUUUAAUCGUUGACUAAAGCCUAACUUUCAAAAUUAUUGAAUUCAUUACAAAAAGAUAAAAAUGGGGGGCAUGCCUGCAAUCAGACCUAAGGUCAGUUUUUCUUUAUGGUUUUGUUUUAUUGACCCAUCAAGCUUUUGGAUAUUUCUUACCUAGUUGAGUGGCCUGCUUUGUGUUUCAUAUGGAGGUUACCCAAUAUUUAUUUUUAUGUAGGAGUAGCAUUUCCUUUAGAUAUUGUAAACGUUUAUAGAAAUUGGAAGUGAGAAUGUUACAUGAAUGUUGGUGUGAGGUCACAGCUUCUCCUUGAGUUCAUCAUGACUAUACCUAUGCAUUUCCCCCUAUUUUGCAAAAAGAUAAUUUGCGCCUUUAACUCCUGUGCUAUAAGGUGACAGAUGAUAGAUUUACUAAAGCCUGUGAUAGGACAAUGACAUUUUUUUUUUUUACCAUUCAUUUAUUACAAUAAUCUGUAUCCUGCUUUUCUAUGCACAUGCCUGGUUCACAUGAUGCUUUAAACCAAGGACGUGGAACCGUUGGCCCUCCAGAUAUUUUUUUUAACUUCAACUCCCAUCAGUCCUAGCAAGCAUGGCCAAUAGCCUGGGAUGAUGGGGGUUGUAGUCCAGCGACAUCUGGAGGGCUUAAAGCCUACUUAAACCAAACUGUGGUUUGAAAGGUGAUCAUGCAGUGUGCUGGUGCCUGCUGCUCAAAUUGUGGGUGCUCUUGACUCCUUCCUCACUUCUCCUUAGCUGCUGUAUCUAAACUGGGGCUUGUGGUUUCUCCAAACUAUGAGUGAUAACAAUAGUAACCAAGAUCUGUUCUUGGCUUACUGCUCAUGGUUUGUUUGGGCAGGGGGAAAACAAAUCAGAAGCCUCGGUUUAAAUGUAACCCUAAGGCUUACAAUGGUUUAGCUCCUAGCAGCAUGACAGGAGCAGGAGUGAGAGAAUAACAAAGCACCCAUAAUUUCAGCAGUGCACAGGAAAAUGCUCCACAUUCACCUUUAAAACUCAGACACUAUUCAGCUUUCCAGCUUAAACUGCAGCUAGGCCAUUCUUUUUAUUAAUUCAGAUUGAAGCAGGUUUUGGGGAAAGCGUGUCAAAAUGUAGUAUUUCCUAAGAAACAAGAGGAUAUAGAUGGAUUUGGGUUGUGGCUGACGUGUGUACAUUGCUUCCUAAACCAACAGUGGGAGCGCACUGGAUUCAGAGUAAAUGGGAGUGUGUUCAUAGCCAUUGUUUUGUGUAACAAUAAUUAAAUUGACAUGCAAACCAAGCCUGAGUGUGCUUAAGGCGGUUGCAAAACAAAACAAAAACCUCUUCCAUUAUUUUUAUUAUGAGAGUCAAUUGUAACUCUCUGAUUUGCAAUUCUACAAACACAUUUUACAAGGGACAUUGUCUCAUUGAACUCAGUAGGAUUUCUGAGCAGUGGUGCAGUUAGGUAAUUUUUGACUCUGGAUUUAAUAAUCUUCACACACACACACACACUCCCACGGUAGAUAGCAACAUGUGUUCCUUCAUUUCAAAAUGUGGUGAGCCAGCCCUGCUGUGUUUGGGGCCAUUUUGCUCAUUCUGCUGAGUAGGGGCCCUGGACACAUCCCCCCAAGCCCUGCCCUGAUGGCAUCCCUACUCCUGAGUAAACACACAGAGGACUGAACUGUUAGUAAUCUGCCUGGUUCUUCUGAAAGUAGCUGUGUGUAACGCUUCCUUUUACAUUCAUGAAUAAAGCUUGACAGAGCCUGUAGGGACUCAGAAAGCAGUCUUGUGAAAUCGCUACAGGGAAGAGAAAAAAAAACACCACACAGUCUUUCGUAGCCAGAAUUUCCUCCAAGUACUUCCAGCUGCACUUGGAAGGAUGAGUCACGCUGGAAGCGAAGGAGGUUUUCUACGAGCCUUUUGCUUAGUUCACAUGAUUUUUUUUUAUUUUACAUUCCUAUCUGUUUUUCUUUCCUUAAAAAAAAUUUGUUAAGGAGAUUCACCCAAGGAAAAUCCGUACGAGGAUGUGGAACUAAAAGCCCGUAAUGCAGGCCGAAAAUCCCAGCAGUUCUCAGAAAGUUCCCUAGAUACUUUGCACAGGAUGUGGACUCCGCAGGACAGGAAGUACACAACACCUCCACAGGUAAUACAGCAUGUCCAAAAGUGGGCUGGGCUAUGCUCAGACCUUGUGUUUAGAUGUGAACGUGUUUUAUUUGUUUGUUUGCAAAAGAACUAGCCACAGGAGCAGAGCUAGGAAAAGGGAUACUAACUGUAAAUGAACUUGAUGAAACCAAAAAAGGUUAUUGGAAAGGAAGUAAAAUCCUUUUAGAUGUUUGCUGUAGAAAAAAGGAAGUUUUAAGUUUAUAUACAUUUGCUGUAAACAUGCACUUAAAUUCUGUGAUGCUAUUUGAUACUUUAUACAGUUAUAAAGUUUGUUACCCUUUGCUAAAGUUAGUAACUCCCAGAAUGAGUCACUGUAUGUUCUGUCAGUUUCAACAGAAGAUAGGCAAAGCUCUGGGUGUUGUUGUUUUUUUAACCUAAAUUAUUAUGAAUUGUCAACCCAGGCUUUAUAUCUAAUCUACUAAAAAUAGUGUUCAAACAAUGAAUGUUUCAUUAGAUGGGAAAAUGGCAAGGCACAGCAAGAUUUUCCUUAGACGGAUAACUGCUUUAGCUCCUCAUCUCCCAAACCAAUGUUGCCUCUUAUAUGACAGUCAUGCUGGUCCUGUAUUUUUUUUCUAGAAAAAAAAAAGCUGAAAUCAGAGGACAUUAUUUCCAAAUGCCUUUGAUAAAAUUAUGUAAGGGUUUGUAAUGUUUAUGACAUAAUAGCCUACAGUAAAAACCUUGACGUAUGUGGAAUGUCAAAUUAAUUUUGUAUCAGUGGGCUUUAGUUCUGAAUUCACUUAUUGAUUAUAAAUGGGCUUGUGUAUUUGUUUUGUUUAAAAUAGAUUUUUAAAUGUCUGAUUUUGUUUUAUAAAAAUUUGUUUUAUUAAAAUGAACACCAUCUCUCAUGAAAUUGGAUUACUGUUGUUAAAGAUAUUAUGUGUGUGAGUUUCUGAGUGCUGAUUGGAUUACAUGAUCAACUGAGUUCUUUCCAAUACUGUAUUAGGAAUCUAGAACUUGUGUUUGUGCUGAAGCAAACGAAUCGAGUGGGUUAUUAUUAAACAACUACAUAAACUUAUUAUUUGUAUCUCACACAAAAGAGCAGAAGACAUAAGACCUUUUUACACAGAUCCUCUUUUGUAUGACAAAUGGGCGUUUGAAAAUUUCCAUCUACCUGCUAGCCCAUAGUUCCUCCCUUGGCGCUUACAGAUUAUUAGAAUGCAAUAUAUAAUGUACAAUACCAUAAAAACGAUCAGAGACAGAAACAAACUUCACCACUGGACAGAAUAAAAUCAGUAACUUUUAGCAAAUUGCAAAUGCUUUCCAAAAAAAAACUUGUUACCAGCUUCCCCCAAAGUGAUUGUGUUAAGCAAGUAGACUUCCCACAGUAACUAUCUUCCUAACCUCAGAUGACAGGGACAUGUGGAAUGUAUUUUUGCAUCAGUCUGAGUGCAGUCCCCAGAUCUUUCCUCAAGGAAACAUUUUAAUGGAAUGAUAUUGCAGUUCCUGACCACUCAAAAGCGCAGUAUCUCCCCUGAUGAUAAUCACUUCUAUUACAGUUGUGUGGAAUAUCCCCUUGCAUUCACGUGCCAUUUUCUGAUUUUGUUUAUUAAAUUUGCUGUAAACAUUGGAGGGGGUGUUCAAUUUUUAUUUCUUGAUUGGGGAGGCUCACUGGGACAAAGUUGAGCCAGACAAGUAAAAAAGAGAAACACCUGCAUUGAUGUAUAUAUACAUAGCUGAGGCACAGAGCCAAAAUGCUCUCCUAGCAACAAAUUAGAACAUUUUAUACAUAUCUAUGCCAACCUAGCAGUUCGAAAGGACAUCAAAGUGCAAGUAGAUAAAUAGGUACCACUCCGGCGGGAAGGUAAAUGGCGUUUCCGUGCGCUGCUCCGGUUUCGCCAGAAGCGGCUUAGUCAUGCUGGCCACAUGACCCAGAAAAACUGUCUGCGGACAAACGUCGGCUCCCUCAGCCAGUAAAGCGAGAUGAGCACCACAACCCCAGAGUCGUUUGUGACUUAACUGUCAGGGGUCCUUUACCUUUUUUAUGGUGCAACCACACUGUGUAGGAGUCUAGUCACUGGACCUAAAAAAAAUAUGGCAUAGAAAAGGGCAAAUGAUCAGGAGUGUAGGGUAGCUCCACUCUAAGGAAAUGUUUUGUUUACAGCCAGUUUAGGAGAAAGAUGAGUAAAGUGGGGGCAUGAUACAGGUUUAUAAAAUUAUGCAUGGUGUGACAAAAGUUGAUAGAGAGAGGUUUCUCUUCCUCUUCCUCUUCCUCUUAUAACACAACCUGGGCUCAUGAAUGGUGGGAGAUUAUGAUAUACAAAAGGGAGUACUCUUCACACGAAUUAUUAAUAUAUGUUUAGUGGGAGGGAAGAAAGACUCUGUAUUGUCAUAUCUAAAAAGGAAGAAAUGAAAUAUUAUUCUAGCUGUGCAAUCCUGACCAUAUUUACUGUGAAGUAAGCCCCACAGUGUUCAGUGGGAUUUCCAUGCAGGUGUUCAUAGAAUUGCAGCCUAGAGCAGUCAAUUGCCAAGUACUGAGAGUUCUGUGGAAGACAUCCCCAGUUAAAGAUUGCAAGCCAAGAGAGUGAUGGGACUAGAAGGGCUAAUGUUCUGAGCUGGUAUAAGGCAGCUCAUUAUACUAAUGGCAGAAUGUAGCCUUUUUCAAUGAAAAGGGCAAUUUUGUCUCUCUGACUAACAAUCUCUCCUUAUUUACUGUUCACUGAAGCUCAUUUGAGGUCUUUCUGCUAAUUAUAUUAAAAAUUCAGUCAAGGCCCGGCAUGGCUGGACUUUGCCGGAAUAACUGUGUUUCUAUGGGUGGAUUUUGUUUUUCCUCCAAAAUGAUAUUGUAGAGCUGGAAAAGGUGUGCAAAAAGGCAGCCAAAAUGAUCAGGGGGAUAGAGUAACUCACAACAAAUGAAGCUUACAAUAUUUGGAGGCUACUGAAUUUUUUUUAAAGGGGGGCGGUAAGGGGGAGCAUGAUAGAAGUGUGUAACAUUAUGCAUGGAGUAGAGAAAGUGGACAGACGGAAGUAUUUCUCCAUCAGUCAAAAUUCUGGAGCCCAGAGUCAUCCAGUUAAGCGAAAUGGUAGGCAAUUCAAGACUGACAAAAGUAAGUACUUCUUCAUAAAGCACAUAGUUAAACUAUGGAAAUCACUUCAACAGGAUGUGGUGAUGGCCACCUACGGAUGGCUUCAAAAAGGAACAUAAGGCUAUCAUUGGGUACUAGACAAAAUGGCUACACACCAUUUCCAAGAUCAGAGGCAGGGUAACCCUGAAUACCUGUGCCUGGAGAUUAUGAGCAGGCCAGUACUACUGCUGUCAUGUCCUGCUUAUGGUCUUCUCAUAGGCACCUGGUUGGCCAAUGUGUGAAACGCAAUGCUGGAUUAGAUAAGCCUUUGGUCUGAUCCCACAGGGCUCUUCUUACUUUCUUAUGCUUACUUCUUAGCUACCUUCCAAGCCCAGCAGCCAGUCACUAAGAAUCGGAAACUGGUCAGAAAGGAGAAGCCAUCGUGUACCACGGUUACCCAAGAGACACAGUCAUGAUGACAUGCUGCUGCUGGCCCAGCUUGGCAUUCCCUCCUCUCCAUCCAGCCUGAAUGAAGACAGUUUGAGUACUACCAGUGAACUUCUUUCCACACGCAGAGCCCGGAGGGUGCCAAAGGUAACUACGACGAAUCGGUCAUGAUGUUGCUUUUUCUUACCCUUGGUGUAAUAUCCCAAAUUCAGUACAAAAUUAAGUAUUGUUGCUGGAGGCAGUGUGCCCCUGAAUGCCAGUUGCUGAGAUUCACAACUGGACAAAGUGCUAUUGCUCUCGGGUCGUGUUUUUUGUUUCCCCAUAGUCCUGAUCUAGCAGAGCUCUUCUUAUGUUCUUACUGUGAGAAAGAUGGGAUCCUGUCUAUCAUCUAUCUAUCAUCUAUCACUAUCUAUCUAUCAUCUAUCUAUCUAUCAUCUAUCUAUAUCUAUCUAUCUAUCUAUCUAUCUAUCUAUCUAUCUAUCUAUCUACCUAUCUAUCUAUCUAUCUAUCUAUCUAUCUAUCUAUCUAUCUAUCUAUCAUCUAUCUAUCUAUCAUCUAUCUAUCAUCUAUCUAUCUAUCAUCUAUCUAUCUAUCUAUCUAUCUAUCUAUCUAUCUAUCUAUCAUCUAUCUAUCAUAUAUUUAUUUAUUUAUUUAUCUAUCUAUCUAUCGUUCCUUCCCUUCUCUAUCAUCUAUCUAUCUAUCUAUCUAUCAUCUAUCUAUCAUAUAUUUAUUUAUUUAUCUAUCUAUCUAUCUAUCGUUCCUUCCCUUCUCUAUCAUCUAUCUAUCUAUCUAUCUAUCUAUCUAUCUAUCUAUCAUCUAUCUCUAUGCACAACAAUGCAUAUGGGAAUACCUGGGUUGUGGGGGGUGGUUGUUUUUUUUGUGCUGCAGCAACCAACUUCAGACUGAAAGGUAAAAGCACUAAAACAGGCAUUGCAUACACAUGUGGUAUGAAGCACAUGUAUAUCCAUGUAACACCUGCCGUGGCCAUGUGGCUUUCUAGCUCUCAAUAAAGGGAAAACAACUGCAUGAAAUAUCCACAAAGACAUCUGAGCCGCAAGUUAUGUUGUUGGCACAGUGGGUGUCUGCCUUCACCACUCCAUUUCUGGAAAAGACUUUUUAGGUGCAUGUAUGAAAAGGGGCAGUUACACGCUUUCCCUUAAUCUCUGCAAACUGGUGCAUUGCUCUGUUUUGCUUAAAUUAUAAUGUGAGUAGCAGUUGACCUGCUGCUAUUUAUAAUCCAUGGUUUGUGCCUAAAGUUUUUUGUUUGUCAUGGUGGUUCCCAAGGAAAUCGCAACUGAUCCAACUUGGGUCCUAUUGUUUAUAUCUGUGCAAUUCAGAUAGCUGCGUCAUGGCAGAUUUGAAACAAGCCUCAAUUAAAGUUAAGCUCUUGCAACUUGGUAAAAAACUUACAAAUCUAAGAAGGAGACGGGAUAAUUAUCUGGUAGUAUGAGCAGUUAGAAUGAACAAUAGCAUAUUUAUUUAUAAUGGUAAAUGUAGCAUUUUCCUUAUAUGUUUGACUCUUUCCUAUGCAGUUGUGUUUAGUACGUUCUUAACAGAACAUCCCCUCCCUCUCUUCUCCCUGUUCUGGGUUUCUCCCAAACCAUUUGGAGCAGAUUUGGAGAGGGCCGAGGGUGUGCUAACACAUCCUGUGCAUUGCAUGCUGCCCUCACCCACACACCUUUUUUAUUCUCCAUCCUUAUUAGAGUUCAAGUGCUGAUUUGAUGGAGGCUAAUGGUUCUCCUCUUCUUUUACAGCUUGUACAAAGGAUCAAUUCUAUCUAUAGUGCAAAGAGAGGGAAAAAAAGAUUGAAGAAGCUUUCAAUGUCCAAUAUUGAAACAGCAUCACUGAGAGGUAUAUCAUGAAAUCCGUUUUAGCGCCCAUCUUUCAUUACAGAAGUCACUUUUACACUGAUGUAUUGUAUAAUAAAUAAACAGAUAAAGCUGCAUGGUCAGGUGCUUGUUCCUAAGCACAAACUAGGGAAUUGCAGCCAAUUAGGGGUCCCUGGUGUGCAUCCUUCAGCAUUUAGGAAUGCCCAUCUGCCUUUCACACUUUGCACAUUUAGUGCAAGAGAUACUAGGGAAAUGUGGCCAUAGCAGCAGCAAACCUGAUUGCUAUAUAAAGUGUGAAGCGGCUCUCAAUAUUUCCUGGAAGGUGCCAGCUAAUUUCUGCAGAACUGAAGUGCACAAAUGUGCUCAUGGUGAAGCCACAUCGGCCACUGAUUUAUUUCUGUCAACUUGUUGCAUAUGCAACAAUGUGAAAGUAAAACCAAUGAAUAAAACUGGAUCCUGUGUGCAUAUUCUUUCCAAAUGAAUGUUUUUAACAUUUGCUAUGGUCUGCGCAUCUCAUGUGCAUCUUUGUAUGUGCAUGUGAUCAUGUAUGCCAGUGUGUGUGUGUGCCAGUGUAGCAGAAGUAAUGAGAGUUCCUAAUGGUCCUGCCCUAUGAGAUGUACCACUCCGACGCCAAGACAUGAAAACAUAGAGGGCUUAGGAAGUUGUCUUGUACUAAGUGAAGCCAUUGGUCCACUCACAUUGACUGGCAGCAGCAGUCCGGGGUUUCAGACAGGGAGAUGUGGGAGACUGAACCUGCGACCUUCUGCAUACAACGCAGAUGCCUUUCCACCGACCUACGGCCCUUCCCUUAUAUCUAGAUCUGAACUUAGCCUUGCUACUGCUUGCUGCUGGCUCAGUUGUAGCUGCUCCCUGCCCUUGACACAUCGCUGUUGGCCUGCUUAAGAGCAGCCACAUCAUGUGAAUGCGUCGCCAGCCUAGCUACCAGUAUGCUCAGUUACCCAAGUGGGCAUUCAUCACAGAAUUAAUUCAUGUUAUUCAUACAGAUUUCUGACUACUUAAGCUUUUAAAGUGUCCCCCUUGACUUCUCUGAGGUGUUACAAUCUCUUUUCAUUAAAAAGAAUUUGAAUGGGAAAGUGUCGAACUAGUUUUCAAAAUGCUUCCUGAAGAAGCCUGGAAAUUACUUUUUUCUUAAAGAUUUCCAUAAUCAUGAAACAUUGCUUGGCCAUGUAUUUUCAUUGCAGGACAUAAGGACACACAUUAUUUUUAUUAUUAUUUUGCUAACUUUAAGAGCAAACCUGAAGUUUCCUUCUGAUAAUAGAAUCCUUCUCUCUCUUUUCAGAUGAAAAUAGUGAGAGUGAGAGUGAUUCAGAUGACAGGUUUAAAGGUGAGAGGCUCAGCAUUCCUUAUCUUGUAGUUGCUUUACAAUCCAAUGAAAUUAAAUGGGAGACAAGGUGAUAGAACUACAGUUCCCCCUUACCACAUCCCAUUUCAUCUCUGACAGCAGAGGCACGUGAGGGUGGCGAUGGAGCAGCAGUGGCAUGUGAUCAGGGGUCAGCAAACUUUUUCAGCAGGGGGCCGGACCACUGUCCCUCAGACCUUGUGGGGGGCUGGACUAUAUUUUUUUGUGGGGGAAUGAACGAAUUCCUAUGCCCCACAAAUAACCAAGAGCUGCAACUUAAAUAAAAGAACACAUUCUACUCAUGUAAAAACACACUGAUUCCCAGACUGUCUGCGGGCUGGAUUUAGAAGGCGAUUGGGCCGGAUCCGGCCCCCGGGCCUUAGUUUGCUUACCUAUGCCACUAGGUGCUGGCAGCACUGUGUUCACUUGGAUGGGACAGGAUGGCCGCAAGGUCAGGGAAUGGCAGCUGCAUUCUAUAGGUGCAUCCUGGCUGCUACUGCCAACUUGGAGCUCUCCGGACUGUGCUAUUGCCAUAGUGCUCCUGUUGCUGCUGGCUGAGCAUCAUCACAAACGAUGCUGUUGGUCUCUGAGGGUCCCCUGAGCCUAAGAAUUGGCCUUUGGAGAGGUACAGUGGGGGUGCAGUAAGGAAGAAGCAGGAAAGCCGUUUCAUUGUCCUUGGGAUGUUUGCAUUUGACUAAAGUAAUUAUUCUCAUGCAAGGCCUUGUACCAAGGAUUGGUAACUUCCAGCCUUCCAUGAUAGUCUUGAACUCCAACUCCUGUCAUUCCUGACCAUUGGCCAUGUUAGCUGAGGAUGAUGGGAGUUUGAGCCCAACGUCAUCUGUAGGGCCACGGGUUUCCCAAUCCCUGCAUGUAGCCAAUAAGAAUAUAAUAAGUGGUGGUCAUUGUGAUGGACAAUUGUAACACUACGUUUCCUAAAUGCUUAAAGCACUUUGUAGAUAUGUUAUAUCAGUAAUCAUUAUCUCUAGCAGCAUUUCCCAACCUUGGGCCUCCAGCUGUUUUUGGACUACAACUCCCAUAAUCCUCAGCUAUCAAGACCAGUGGUCAGGGAUGAUGGGAAUUGUAGUUCGAAAACAGCUGGAGGCCCAAGGUUGGGAAACACUGAUCUAUAGCAAGCCUAUAUAAUAUGCCAGUACUGUCAUCACCCUAUUAUAGAUUGGCGGCAGUAGGCAUUUAAGGUGAAAGCUACCCAAUACAGUUCUUCCCAGCUUGGAGCACCAGCUCAGAACCAGCAUUUUCUGCAGUUUAUCUUCUUUUUACAGUUUUUUUUGAGCGUGGAGCAAAUUAAUUAAGAUGCACUAAAUGCAAAACUUCAUAUAAAGGAAUGGGUUUUUAAAAAAGAAGAAGAAGAAAAAUGGUUGAUAUGACUAUCACUUAACAAUCCUUUAAAGACAAUAAUAAUGAUGAUGAUGAAAUGAUUGUGAAAUUGCUGGGCACAGUUUCUCUUCUCCUUAGCCGUUUUUGCUGCUUUUGCUUUCUAGCAGUCUGGUGCAUCUCAGUCUUUGUCUGGCCAGUAAAUCUGUUUUUAUGGACUUAUUUCCCAGCUAGUGCCAGAAUCUGCUUUUAUUCCAGUGAAUUUCCUGGCUUUAGGUUGAUACAGAUUACUGUGGUAAUCUGAGGUGCAGCAGAAACGGAUGGUUGAAACUGCAGCUUGUUGCUGCUCCUUCUGUGGGGCCUUAAAAUUAGUAUUAUAUAUUUGUUAUUGUAUUUUUCCCAAAAGGUAAUGCUCUUAUAUUACCUGGGGGCAUUCACUCCAAGAGGAGCUUCCUUUAUUUCUGCUUUUUAAAAAGCAAUGCGAUCAUCAGUCUAGUCCCUGAUCUAGAUUGGAACCAUUGCAGGGGGCAAAGGGUUAAAUGUCCCCCUUACACACACCUUCGUUCAAAUCAGCCCCCCCCCCAUAUCUACAUGGGGGGUGUGGGGGGAGAAGAGAGAAGGGAAAGUUUUGUUGUGCAAGCAGAAGUUCUCGUGUAGGGCUUCCGCUGCCAGGAAUCCUUAGUUGAAUCCCACCCAGAGGACUUUAUCACAUCAAGGUUGAAACAUCUUUGGCAACAUAGACCUGAUUCUAAAGUGAUGUGAGGAGCUAUUUUAUGUAUACUUGUUUGUUAAUAAAGUAUAGGGAUCCUUAUGGUUUACAGCCUGUUGCAUUUGAUGCUAUGCAGUCAGCUGACUUCGUAAAGCUUGAGUAGGUUGUAUUCCUCAAGUUUCUUUUCAAUAACUUUUAUCGCUUCUGUAUUUGAAAAGGCUUUCAUUUAUGUAGGAAAUAAAGACAUGCAGAAUUAAAAGUGAAUGUGCUUGGGCUUAGCAUCUCAGAAGCUGCCAAGUAAUACUUCUUGCUUCUUUUCUAACAUUAGCUCAUACCCAGCGCCUUGUCCACAUCCAGUCAAUGCUGAAGAGAGCUCCUAGUUACCGGACUUUGGAACUGGAGCUGAUUGAAUGGCAGGAACGUGAAUUGUUUGAGUAUUUUGUGGUAGUUUCUCUUAAGAAGAAGCCCUCUAAAAAUACUUACCUCCCUGAAGUCACAUAUCAGUUUCCAAAGGUAAAGCAACAACUUUAUUGGAUUGCCGUCAUUAUUGUUAUUGUAGCUGUUGACUGCUGUUGUCGCAUAUAUGGGACACUGUUAGGCACAUGCAUAACUUAAAAAUAGACACAUGUCCAAUUUUAAGAAAUAUUAGUAUAGAUGGGUGGACAUUAUUAUUUUAUAUUUCACAUUAAAUUUAUAUAGUCAUCCAUCAAUAAAUAUUCUCUAGGUGGUUUACAAACAAAAUUUAAAAUGAUGCCAGUUUUUAUUGCCCUUGUUUAUGUUGUGGAUGUUUUGAUGAGACUUUUUAUUGGAAUGCUACUGCUGCUGUGUUGUUGUUUUUUUCUUUUCUAAACUGCUGUGAGGUCAUAUUUUCAAACAAAGGGCAGCCUAUAAAUUAUUUUAAGUAAGUAGGUAGGCAGGUAAGUAAGUAAGUAAGUAAGUAAGUAAGUAAGUGAGUAAGUAAGUAAGUAGUAAGUAAAUAGGGUGGCUGCAUUCACACAAUGUGGCAAACUAUAGUAAAUGGUUUUUCUGUGAACAUGGGAGAUCGCUUCACUCCUCUCUUAGCACAAGCUGAAACAACGAAUUGCAAUCCCUGGCUCAAUGUUAUGGGAGAAUGUAACACACUGUAGAUAGUACGGUGAUGGUGUUACAGCUUGAUCUAGGGAAGAAGGAAUUGCCACAGUUCCUUUCUAUUCUGUAGAAAUCGUUCUGCCCUCAGGAUAGGAUUUUGGGAGGGUGUGGAGCACCAUGGUAGGGAGGCAGCAGCGUGGAACUCCCUUGCAAUAGGCAACCCCUUAACUUGUCCUUUCGUUGGAUACAACCCACUGACUUUUUCUCAAAAUUGGCCUAUUGAAAUGAAUAGCCUUGAUAAACUUAUGUUUAUUAAUAUCACUGGGUUUACUCUAAGUCAGUUGAAUACGACCCAUAAAGUCAGUCUUCUCAGAGUUUGUAGUUUUCUUUGCCUAGAGUCAAGAUCUCAUAAGGCUAAUGGAAUCAGGCAAAGACAACAAUGGAACAGCAGCAACAAAAACAGGAUCCUGAGUGGGUUUCUGUGAUUGUGGGGAGGAGAAAGAUAUCAAUGAGGCUCUGAUAUCAAUAAUAAUAAUACCCAGCUUAUCUAUUUUGUCAUUUGUCUUCUCUUGAACCAAAAAGUCAGUAGUUUAAAUUCAAAAGGCACAUUUUUGCUUUCUACAUAUGUUUCUAUGGCUACAUAUAUAUCUAUGGCUUUGGGGGAUAGAAUAUAGUUUUUCUCAUUUAGUUAAUUGGUUGAGUAACAGCUCAGUCCUUAACCAUGUCUCCUUAGAAGUAAGCCCUAUUGGGUUCAAUGGGGCUUGCUCUCCCAGGUAAGGUGGGUUUAGGAUUGCAUCCUUAAGAGAUGUUUGUAGAAGGAUAUCUGUUCCCUAUGUUGAUUUUAAAAGCCUGAUUUGAGUCUGUUCUAGACUCUGCUGAUGUUAACUUAUUCAACCACAGCUAGAAAGACCCACAAAGCAAGUUCGCGAAGCAGAAGAACGUCUCAAGGCCAUCCCACAGUUCUGCUUCCCAGAUGCCAAGGACUGGAACCCAGUGUCAGAAUACAACAGGUAAACUAUCCUGUUGAUAGUUGCAAGACCGGAUUCAUGGAUUGACAAAACACACAUAAAUCUGUGUCCUUUGCUUGUUGUUGAAUGUAGAUGACAUUUUUCUCUCCUUUGGAACUCUAGUUAUGUUCUGCUGGUGCACCACACCUAGUUCUUUCCUCUUUUUGCUGCUCCUGCUAACGCCCUUUGCACAGUAUUGAGGAAGAUAAUCGGUGAAAUUGCUCAUAGCAGCUUGAUUGCUGGCCUUUCUGGGCUCUCUGGGGUUAGAGAAGGGAGAGCUCACUUCUGAGUAUCACAAAAGCCCUGUUUAGGUUUUCUGUUACCAAGUAGAGCAGGGGUGGCUAACCCACAACUCAGGGGGUGUGAUCUGGCUGCUCAAUCUCUCUCUCUUUCUCUCUCUCCACCCUAAUACCCAAUGAGUUUGGCACCAAAAAGAGAAAAACGAUCAAGCAGGCAUAGCAUUGGGGUGGGCACAGCCUUGCACUCUAAUGGAGAUGCAAAUUGCCCCUCUCCAACACAUCAAAUGGAUAAUUUUGUGAGCAGAGGGCUAUAACUUAUGGCCUUGGAGUGCUGCAUAACAGCUUCCUAGGAGGAAGGGCAUGGAAGGCCUUGGAAAAGAAGGGCUGCCAUGACAGAGAAGGGGAAGUGAUUGGCCUCUAGCUACCCUGCACCCUGCUGUGGCUGCUCCCACUACCACUCCUGAUGUCUGGGCAAUGAGUGGCGGCAGCCGGGGGUGGGUGGCUAGAGGGCUAGAUCUCUCUGCUCCCUUCUCCCUGGUGCUAUUACCACUGGUUCUGAUAGCAGUCAGACAGCUAAGAAAAGAACAAGAGAUGUCAGUCUUUGGGGAGAUUUUUCUGCUCACCUCAAAGUCUCCAUACUUAAAGAAAUAGCUCUCAGCCUAACCUACCGAACAAGCUUGUGAGGAUAAAAUGGGAUGGAGGGAACUAUGUAUGCUGGCAUGAAGUCCUUGGAGAAAAAGUGGGAUAUGAAUGAAAUAAAUGGAAAGGGAGGCUCCAGCUUGAAAUAGCUGAAUUGGAAUUCAUUGCUUAAUUUGAAUAUAUUCCAUUCAGACUUAAUUGGGAUGGUGUGUUUCUUUCCUCCUACAGCAUAAGCUACUGUGUAAACCAUAUGCUAGUUGACCACUAUAAGUGGAGUAUUCUGUCUUACAACUGUGAGGCAAAAGAAACCAACCAAUUUCACAAUAGAAUAUCUGGUUCUCCGUUGCUUCUUGUGUUAUGUAAUCAUUUACACAUGGAUAGAAUGAGUACAAAUCCUUUGGUUAGUCUCAAAGCCUCACCAAGACUAUGAGAUAAAACCACAAGAUUUAUCUGUCUGGAAGAUAUCUCAAAACAUGUCAAAAUAUUAAUCGAAAGGAAUCUUAAGACCUGCUUUUUGGCAGCACAAUAACAUCUGUGGUAAUCUUUGUUACAGUGAAACAUUCUCUUUUAUGCUGACGGGAGAAGAUGGCAGCAGAAGGUUUGGUUACUGCAGAAGAUUACUAGUAAGUACAUCAACUUUUUUCAACGUACACUAUGCUAAGAAUGUGACAUAUUUUGAGAGCUGAAUGUGUCACUUUUGGGGCUGCGGACAAAUGCAAGAAGAAAAUUAAUCUCUUGUGGUCUUAAGGGAAAUAGAGCUUUUUCUAUAGAAAAUCAAAUCAAAUCCAUGUUCAUAUUCCAGGGAAUCUAGGAGUUACUGUAUUUUACAUGUUUCAGUGUUUAUGGCAGGGAAUUCCAUUUUUUAAAACCAAGCCCACUCUCAAUUGUUUAUUCUACUUGGAAAAUCCAUACUUACCUACACCCAAAUUGGGCAUUUCCAGAGAAGAGCUUACUAGAAGUAAAACAGGAUGCAUCUGAUAGAAAUGUUACCUGUUAUGAAGAGGAUACAGAGCUACUGGCAUUCAUGACAGUUGAUUCUUUCCCCAUGGUGAUCCCAUGAGUACAUUUGGACUAGAUGUAGUAGCUAGUAUUAGCUGCAUAGUGCAUGCUGGACUACAGAUGCCUAGCACACCAGCAAACUAAUGUACAGGUCACUAGAACUGCUAAAGGGUUUAUGCACACUUACCUAUUGCCUCACUCUUUCCAGGCACAGGUCCACACUUAAAAGCUUCUUGUCCAAGUGUUUUUUUGUUUUUGUUUUGCCCCAGAGCUUUCCCUGGAAAAAAAACUGCUUUUUAAUGCUCGGUUGCAGCAAAUGUCAUUUCAAUGUCAAUUAAGGGUUUCUGUGGAUUGCUGUUUGUUCUGAUUGAACUUUAAAGAGCAGAUUUUUAUGGGGAAAGCUCUGGAGAGAGAGAAAAGGGCACAUAGAAACAGAGAUUUAAAGCACAGGCUGUCCCUGGAAGGAGCGGAGGAAAGCUAAGUGUGGAUAAGCCCAAAGCUAACAUUGGGGAACUUUUUUUUUCUACCUACAUUUUAUUGCUUCCUAUCCCACUCAUAUGUUUUUCAUGAGAUUGUGUUGUAGUGCCAAACAGAGGCCAGUAAGCUGCAUUUUCUCAUGCCCUGCCCAUCUUCCCUUUUGUAGACAUUACAUUAUUGGGAAACUGGGUCGAGGUCAUUCUUUGAUUUCCACUCAGGGCCAAUUUAGAUGUGGUGGUAGGUGAUCUAUGUGCUUAAACACAAGUCUGCCCCCAGACACACAGAAAUGGGUUGUGCAGGCUCUAGUUUUAACAGCAAGAAGAUGCAUACAGGAAAGGAGUGCUGAACACCCCUGUCCCUGGUUGUCACUUACCUUUCUGCAUCCCAUCUCCCAACCACCUUUCUAGCAGUUAAGGAUGCUUCUACUAUUAGAGUUUCACAAGGGAGUAAAACACAUGUGGGAGUAAGAUGUAGGGCAGUAAUAUAGAAGCAAGGGAAGAUACAGUACCCCUCAUCUGUCGUCUCCUUUUGCACUCACUCCCCUCUUUGAUGAUCGGGGCAGAUCCAUGAUUAAGCACCUAGUAUUUCUGCUAUCAUGUCUCCUUAGGCCAUUGCUAGCAGUACUAAUGUUAUCCUACAGCAGUCUCUGGCAUGUACAAUAUAGUGAGGCAAUCCAUUCAGGAGAAUCUGUUCCUGAAUGUGGAUUACACCUUGCUGAAUUGAGGAUGAUCAAAUGCAACCAUUCAUAUAAUGAAAGCCUCUGCCCACUUUAUGUUUUCUCCACGAGAUUGAUGCUCAUGCCAGAAAGAGCAUGUAUUUUUGAAAUACUUUAAUUGAUGUGGCAAAUUGUUUUACUUGGGGAGUUUUUUAAUUGCAGGGACACGAAUCAGGGAGCCAAUAUGGCAAUUCCCCUGUCUGUGAGACAAUGAUGAUAGUAAAUAAUCAACAAUAACAGAAUAUUAAGAAUAAUAGGGGAUGUGUGACCAGAAAUAGGAAAAAUAUGAUAUAUGACAACCAAAGGUCAACAUUACUGUUGACCGCUUACUCUGUGCUGACACUGCAACACUGACCUUGGCUUUGGUUCAAACAAGUACAGUGGUACCUUGGUUCUCAAACGCCUUAGUACACAAAAAAUUUGGAACCCAAACACUGCAAACCUGGAAGUAAGUGUUCUGGUUUGCGAACUUUUUUCGGAAGCCGAAUGUGUUGUGUUUUGAGUGUUUAUGUAUUGAUUUGAGUGCCACACUUCCUUUUUGAGUUCCACACUUCCGAUUUGAGUGUUAUGCUUCCGAUUUGAUUACCACACUUCCGUUUUGAGUGUUACACUGAGGUCUGUCUGUUUUUGCUCUUUAUUUUGCUUUUUUUUGGCGGCUUUUUUGUUUUGUUUUGUGACUGUGUGGAACCCAGUUCAGCUACUGAUUGAUUGAUUGUGUGACUGCAGUACACUGUUUAUUGCUUUCAUUUUAUGGAUCAGUGGUCUCGUUAGAUAGUAAAAUUAAUGUUAAAUUGCUGUUUUAGGGGUUGUUUUUAAAAGUCUGGAAUGGAUUAAUCCAUUUUGCAUUACUUUCUAUGGGAAAGUGUGCCUUGGUUUUGGAAUGCUUUGGUUAUGAAACAGACUUCCAGAACGGAUUAAGUUUGAGAGCCAAGGUACCACUGUAAUUUGUGAGGGAGCAGCACAUUAAGAUGGAACCUUGUUUUGGAAAAGCAGAUACUCCCACUUCUGAAGGGACUACCUGCUGUUAGAUUUUUCUUUUCUUUUUUAGAAAGCUUAACUUUUCAGCAGCAGGUGCUGCUAAUGGCCUGGGUUGGAUGGUGGAGAGGAAGAUACCAAAGAAUAUUCCUGGCAGGAUAGCUGGUACUCCUGUUUGAUUGCUUUGAGGAUGGAAAAGGGUUGGGUGUGCAAAACUGCAGACCUUGUAAAUCAUCUGCAUAACACAUGCAACACAACCCUGACUUACAGAACACAGACUUUACUAUUCAGAAAAACCUAUUCAAAAGCUGUAAUCUAAAGUAAUGUUGAUAGUGUGGGACAGGAUCUCCUGGCACUGUCAGAUGCUGCUUCCAGUCCAAUUUUGGCUUAAAGAUUGUGAUUGUUUCAUUUUCAAAACAAUAAAGUUGGACAAGUACAGUUGUCAGGCUUCCAUGACUAUUAAUAUGUACAGUAUGUUCACAUUACAUUGCUAUAUCCACAGUUUCUUUCACUUAAAAAAGUAUUAUAUUAUAAGUGCAUUUUGAUCACUGGCAUUAAUGUCUUCCAUAAACUGAAGUUUGAAUUCUAGAUGUCCCCCUUUGGGAUUAUUAGAAAUUACAUUCAAAUGCCCUUAUAUGUGGCUAAAUCUGAAACUCUUUUAUCAGAACUCCUAUGUUGAUAUUCAAAAGGAGUGGGAAAUAAUUCACUGAUGCACGAAAAUUGAAAACAGUGGCAAACAUCACCUAAGAGCUAUUCCUAAGUGUUUUGAGGCCCAAAUAAGCCUUUUGUUCUCUUUUCAGAGUUCUGUAUUAUAGAUGUGUAUGCUGGGCUGACAACCUUUAGUCUUCUUGAAUACUUGAAUACUUGGGGAGAUUUGUUUUUUAAGACUGCCUUCAGACUCACAAAUCUACAGUGAGGUUGAGGUUCACAGGGAGAUGAAACUGGCUUUGAUGAUAGGUAAUUUCUGAUCUUUACAAUUUUGCAUAACAGCCAGUAGCACUGAGACAACCUGCUCCUGGGGCAUUUAGUCAGUGGUGGACCUUGGGGCCUCAAAUUUCAGCGAUGCCCUGUGUAACACAAAAAAAUCGGAACUUUCCUCGCUUCGCAUCUUCCAUUCUACAUCGUAGCUGCUGUGCCCCCAAGGCUCUGUGCCGAGUGCAACCAAGCCAGUGGUGCUCCCCUAAAUCCACCUCUGAUUUACCCAUUCAUAUAGAACAAAGUUGGGCAACCUGUGGCCCUCCCGGUAUUGCUUGAUUCCAUCUUCCACUAAUCAACACACACACACAGUCUAAUGGAAAAUAAACAGGAAUCUUUAAAAUUCGAGCUAUUACUUAAAAUUGCACGCUACAGUAUAUUAGAAAACAAUUUCAAAAUUCAAUGAUUUUUAUUUCAAAUGUGAAUACUGCCACAAAUGUAAAAUGCUUUGUACUAACACUGGGGCUUUUUUCAUAAUUAGAGGUUUGAAGGAAAUUGAAAGGUUAUGCAGUUUGGUGCAUGCACACACCAGUGAAAGAGUUGAUAGAAAGAGGGGUUCCAGUCACUUAAAAACUUUCCACCUCUGAGGGGCUCCUUUUUUAUUGCUGCGAUCUGUUAGCACAAAGGAAGUCACUGCUGCUGGUAAAAAGAAAAGGGAAAUCUGAAAUAAAGGACAUGAAGCAAGAGAGGUUUGGAAAGUGAAGAUGCUCAAUUUUUUUUUAAAACUUGGUGACACUGUAGCCUUUAAGGGUUAUUAAAAAAGCAGCAAAAAAACCCAGGAGUAAUAUUUCACAAGGCCGGAGCUUUUGACUAAACUGUGAGCCGUUAUUGUUCCUGCUAUUAUAUAUGACCCAGGAAUGCAGUGUUUUUACUGGCAGCCAGCAAGACAGCUUUUAGCUGGUAGCUGUCCAGGACGCCUGGCAUGGCUACAGCAUUCCUGCAGAUUUGACACAAUGAUUUUAACCCAAAUCCCACAUGCUAGAUAUAAUCACUUGAUGCUUUUAGAAGGCGUUUUUAUACCUAAUAUGGACAAAGAAGGAUUCUGCCUUUUCAGAAAUGUGACGUCUGCUGAGCAGCAGGUCUUGAUCCAGAAAUAGACUCAUCUGUGUUCACUUAACUGCACUGCAUCUUCACGAUUUUAACUGCAGAAGCACACGCACCUGCUGACCAGCCCAGUCAUUCUCUGAUUAGAACAUUAAUCUGCAGUUUCCUGCAAACAGCUCAACAGCAAAGUGUUAACUGCAGAAAAUAUUUUGAAAGCCUCAUAAAAAUAGGGUUAAAAACCAGGAUUUUUAAAUGUUGCCAUCUCCUUUGGUUUGAUUGUAAAUGGAAGGAGCUAGUGUACCUUAGGUACACAGAAUUGGCACUGCUGUUUUGUCCUUAAAAUGGAGCAUGUGCUCACACCAUCAGCACAACUGCAAAUUAACUGCCUUUUAACACUCAUAAUGAAGGAAUGUCUACAUGAUUAUGGAGGACACUGUCAAACCACCUAGGUCAUGGCUAGUUUCCUGAUUGCUUUCUAUUUGCAAGGCACCCAAUGGAUGUAGCAAGCAAACUCAUGUGGGAAGAUUUGUGGUUGCCAUCGCCAGUCCUACUAUUUGGCGGAGUGAGGUGUAACCACCUCAGACCCUAGGUACUGGCAGUACUUUUUUCAACCAUGAAGUUGUUACAGUAAGUGCCACACUUUUAAAAAAAAUUUUUUUUAAUUAAAAGUUUUCUUGGUUUACAACAGUUACGUGCAUUGUCUCUUUUUUUCAGAUUGUGAAGUCCUUUCUAUAAAUCAGUUACAUUUGGACAUUAGUAUUGUAUACGGCAUAGGGUCGGGGAAGAAAGGGGGGGAGAGGUGUGAUGAAACUUAUGUUCUUUUAUAUAGUGUCCAUGUAGGGUUUUUUUUGUCAGCAUCAACUGGGUAGGUUCUCUUUCUAUUCGCUUAUUACAUUUCCUUGGUGGGCAGAGUGUGAAGUGCCACACUUUUUAACAACAACAAAAAGAUGUGCCACUACUGCGUACCCUUGAGUACCCCCUGAAAAAAAGGCACUGGGUACUGGAAAUGGGAGCAGCAGCAACAUUACUUGAUUAUCUGUAUACUGACCCCCACCCCAGCCAAUCAUUCAUCUUUGUUGUCACAUAGCCUUACCAUGGCCCCAUAAUCUAGUCUGAGGCCUUGGGUGCUGUGGAAAACGCUAUCCUGUUGACAGGAUUCAACUGCCAGUCAACUUGGCUUCAUUCAGUACAUGGAAUACGGCACCAUCUUGUCCUUCAUCUCAGGCAGCAAUAUGUAUUGGGCUGGCCCUAGUGGUCACAUUCUCAAUGGCCCUCACUCCCAAAUUUUCUCAUAAGUGAUCUUGGUGGCUUCAGUUCAUAUACGAUAGAAAAACGACAUCAAUGGCAGAAAUUGCUAAAUGUGCUGGAGGUUUCUUUAAAAUAAAACAAAACUUUGAUUUGGUAUGAUGAUGUGUCCAUUGCACAGCAGUUGCCAGAAUGGAUAAAUGUAUCUUGAGGUUCCGUUCCAGCCUUUGGGAAAAUAAGGUGAUUUCCCAAGUUUGACCACUUUGGUGAUGAAAGGAAAGAUUCAUGUUUAGAAUAGUGGCUAAUGGCACAAUCCUAUCAGUGGCUUAAAAUGCAAUUAAACCUGCUUUCUUUCUUUCUUUUACUAUUGUUGUCAGCCAAGUGGAAAAGGUCCACGCCUACCUGAAGUAUAUUGUGUGAUCAGCCGCCUGGGUUGCUUUGACUUAUUUUCCAAGGUAAGCUGGAGGUUUUUUUAAGCACUGCUGUUGGAUUAGCUGCUCACAGAAAACUUUCACACUUAAUGAGUCAAGAAGAGGAAUUUUUUGUUUGAUUGGCGAUAACAGUAUUUUAGAAUUACUGUGCUGGACAGUUCAUCUCUGUUAUUGACUUUAUUAAAGAAUGCUUUAUUACCUCUGUGCCUGAAGUGCAUCUCAAUUUGAAAAACAUCUGUGUCUGUCGGUAUUGGCACUCUCCCUCUCAGUCCAUUGUAUUCUAAAGCCACUUUUGGCCAAGCUGUAAUUCUUGGCACACUUAUCUGAAAUGAUCAGCUAGUAUAACACUAACCCAGUAUCUGUUUACUGCCAAAUACAGGGAAUACCUCCAGAACCGUUUUGUUUCUUUAAAAUUGUGGUUGGGUGUGCAUUCAAUGGAUAUCUAAUCCUCAUUGCCCACAUGCCCCUGUAUUCAGUCUGCAUUAAUCCGCCUGCACACCCAAAAUACUGAUGCCAGACUUGAUAAUCUCCCAGUCCAUAUUAUACCUACUUUCUGCUUCCCAUCCCCAAGGCCUGUUUCACCAAAAGUUGCUGAAACUUGGAAGUUCAGGAUGCAUAUGCACCUGUAGAUAAAAGAUAACUUCAUAUCAAGAUCAUUGCAUGGGUGAAUUCUGUUAGGCUAUGCUGUUUUCUGUCAUCAAAGAAAGUUUAAAAUGUGUUAAUGAGAGUUAUCUAAAUAGCAGUGUCAACGGCAUGCAGAAGGCAUUGCAUUCAUGCCCUGGUAUCUCCGAUAAAAUAAUCUCAGGAAGCAAGGCUAAAAAAGACUUCUGCUGCAGAGCAGCUGCCAGUAGACAGUAGUGGUCUGACUAUAUCAGGCAGCAUUAUACAUCAACAUCAAAUUGCCUCAAAAAUGGAUAGGUUUUGCAAAAAAAACUUCCUGUUUGCAGUUCAGCUAUUAAUGGAAACUGUAAAUGACUUACCUGAGCUAUUUAAAUGCCAGAAGGUAAAGCCGGAACUUUUUGAUAGAAGCCCAGCAAACUGCUUCUUCAUUUAUAUUAUCACAAGCAUCAUUCUCCUUUCUAUAAGGGUUCUCAGAUAUAGAAAGCUUUCAAACUUUGAUGGUGGUUACUCAAAGGGAAUUUGAACUCUCUUGUGCUGUUACUGUCUGCUCCUAAGAGACUAUGGCUUAAUGUGAAUGUGCAAAGUACUGGAGAGAAAUUUGUGACUGCUUUUUUCCUCCUCUGGCCCUGCAUCUUCACACUGGGUGUUUUUUUUGCCAAGGUUCUGCUCAGUGUUGCACCUGAACCUGGGCACAUGGUUUAUUUCUGCCAGACAAUGAACAAGUGGUAAGCCAAGGAACAAACAUUGGCUACAGCUUAUGACCUCUAUGACCCCUAUUGUCUCCCCACAUUACUUGGUCCAUAUAAUGGUAUGGGGUUGCUCGUGCGUAAGUUGCCGCCUCUCUUGGCUAUGUUGCCUUGUUAAACCUUUCUGUCUGGACAGCCCUUCAAUUCGUGGCUGCCUCAGUCGCUAGCAGAAUCUGUCAGUGGGCGUUUCUUAACCCUUUUCCAACAUAAAAGUUGUUUGACACCCAGUCUCCUCCUACUUUCUCUGCGCGGAAGUCUUCUGCGCAGGGGGGCAUGGGUAGCGGAGGACCAGUGCUCUCCCCGCUGGUGUCCGGUGAAGAGUCUGGGAGCCCUCUCGCCGAUUCCCCCAUCUGCCCCUCCUUAUUCCUGGUGUUGCACUGAAUUGCUUCCCCAUCUGCUGAGCUGCCUCUCUCCCUGCUGGGCCCUUCUCCAGCAUCAUCAGAGAGCCUUCCCUCCACCUCUAGCUCCGAUGUCAGUUCCCUGACAGUCCAGCUGUGCUGAUUAGCUACAGUCCCUCUGUUUGACCAUUAUCUGUGUGGUGCUGCAAUGCAGCCAAUGUCCUGUAGUUCCAGGUUAUCUUUCAAGCGUUGGUGUCAUUGAGAGAUUCCUUGUUUAGAUGGAAUGUUAGUGAUAGUCCUUCUCAAAGAAGUACGUUUAGAUCGAGUCCAUACUCAACUGGAAGGCUUCAGUCCUAGAAAUGACAUUUCUGGAAAAAGAAAGUUGGAUAUUGCUUGUUUUUGUUUUUGUUUUAAAUAACUGGACAAAACACAAAAUUUCCUAUUUACUAGCGUUUUGGUUGAGUAGAGUCAAUAUUGCAUACAUGUGUAAGUUGUCAUUAAGGCACAGCUUCUCUUUUAUUCUGCAUUUGACUGUGAUGGAUCAGAUACUGGAUGAAGUUGAAAGGAGAAGAGGAAUAUCUGCUGCCCUGGUUUAUCCAUUUAUGAGAAGUCUGAUGGAGUCUCCUUUUCCUGCACCUGGAAAGACAAUCAAAGUCAAGACUUUCCUGCCUGGAGCUGGAAAUGAGGUAAAAAGAAACCUUAAACUUUCAAGUAAAACCCUAACACACAUAUUUCUCUCUCUGAAACAGUAAAAUAGAGAGAAAGAAAGUAGAACACAGAGAGCUAUCACAGCUCUGGAAGUUACAUGUAUUGUGGAUUUAUUUUUUAAAAUAAAUUUCUUUUGGGAAGCUGCUUCAUUAGGCAAUUUACUUUGGUGUGUGUAUGUGCGUAACUGCUUCAGGAAUCUAAUUUAUAUUUGUUUAACAGAUUCUAUGUUGUAGGGCGUCUUGGUUUUAUCUAUGAAAAUUAUGACAUCAGCAGGCUUUAUCACAAGGUCAGCAAGCUAGCCGUCAGAGUAGUCUCAAGGUGUUUACUCUUGUUGACUAAUCCCUAGUGGUUAAGUCAGGAAGCUACAAGUCACCACAGGCAAGGAUUGAAAAUUAUAACCAGCAUGUUGUAACAGUUUAGUACCGUAUAUAAGUAGGUCACGAUUUUCUCUAUAUUUGGUCAUUAAAAGGCUACAUAGUUCAGCCUACAAAUUAGUGUCAUUGCACUUUUGUCAUGAAGCUAGCCAAGCAAGAGAUAAUUCCUGCAUUCAUAACAUACUGUAUGUGAGCUAAUCCUUUUUACGUUGUAGUGUAUGAAUGAUGGAAUGGUGUCAGUUUCACUCUAUGUACUUGGCUUUUUGUGCUUUUAUAUUGUAAACCAUCCUGUGAUCUUUGGAUGAAGGACAGUACAGAGAUCUAAUAAGUAAUAAAAUAAAUUAUAAUAAAUAAUAGUAAACCAAUACCAACAUCAGCUUCAUGUCAAGCAUACAUUAGGCAAAAUACGCACUUUCUCCUUCUCUGCAUAUUGAGGAAAGUAACGUUUCCUGUGGAAAAUACCAUAAAAGGUGACAUGAAUUCUCAAGGCUACCAAACCGGGCAGACAAUCCAAGAAAUGUUUUGUUACUUUCAAAUUCCACGUAAUAAUUAACCAAAGUCAGGAUGCAAGAUUGGCAUAAUGUCCAUAUUAUAAUCAAGCCAGUUAGAACAUGACUUGUGUUUGUGGAAUGCAUUCAGGUGAUAGAACUCCGAAGGCCAAUGGACUCUCGCCUGGAACAUGUGGACUUUGAGUGUCUUUUCAAGUGUCUGAGUAUACGACAAAUCAUCAGAAUCUUUGCCUCCCUCCUGUUGGAACGUCGAGUGAUCUUCAUAGCAGAUAAACUCAGGUAAGUCACACAAGAACUUCCCUGAUGAAAAUUAAAUAUAAGGCUGAAAAUUAAAUAUAAUGCUAUGAGCAUAGUGCUGCUCACUGUACAACCAUUCAUUAAAGCUAGCUGGGAAUACUGCCAGUCAUCCUGUCUCCCUUCUCAUUAAAAAAAAUAAAAUGGAAUUGACUUCAGGUUACACUUUUACUGAGUGCUUUCACAUCAUUUUAUAAAGUAAUAAACCUGUAAUACUAUGCUACGCGUUAUGUGUUACCCAAAGCUAGGGAUUCCCAAAUUGAGGUCUACAGACUGAGCUUCAUUCAGGUGGUUCACAGUGUGUCUGUGAAAAACAGUUACAAUUCUGAUACAGUAAAAUACAAUAUAAAAAAACAAAACAUACAAUAAAAAUACAAGUGAAAAUUAUACAGCGCCUAGCACAGCCCAUUCAAUUGCUACAGCAGGCAGAAAAAAAUAUUAAAUGGCAUGCAAAGACCCCCAGCAAUUUCCAAGUGGUCUGUGGGAGAAAAACUUUUGGGAAGCACUGGUCUAAGGUGUGAAACUUGAGGACUCAGCUACACUCAGUCAGUUAUAUCGUUGUAACGCCAUUGUAAAGAUGCAACACCAGUUGGUGCUGUAGAGCACAAAAUUUGUCUAUGUGAUUUUCAUAGGGUCCCCCCCCUUUUUGUUAUAAAGAUCUAUGACUUAUUUAUAGCUAUCCUCUGAAGUUGAAGAAGUGAAAAGGAAUUGAAUAGCUUCAGCACAACACAUUUUUGCUUGCAUGAACUGGUUCAUUCUACGUAGAGGUGUGGUUAUUAACCAGUAAUUGGGGGACGGGGGACGGGGACAACUCUUAUUGAGAACACUUCCACAAGGCAGUUGUGGACUUGGUGCUGCUUACACAUGCAAGUUUUGUGGAGUGUUCACAUGUCAUUCUCAUCAAAACACCCCAUUUUAUUUUUCUAUUUAAUAUGGAUUUACUGUUUCUACAAAAAUUCUGCUGUUAAAGGAAACAGGGCAAGAUAGUCAAUCCAGAUUAAAAGAGGAAAAAAUAUGGAAUAGCAUUUGGGUGCGGACAACGUCAUGAGGAUGUUGUGAAAAAUGUGUGUGCGUGAGCUUCAUUGAGCUCACAAUAAAUGGCCCUGUGGAAGUGCUCUGUGUCCCAUUAAUGCUUUUCCAUGGGUGUUUGAAUUAGAUUCAACAAGGGGAAAGAAGUAUGCUCUCCCAGUGUAAUAGAUCGAUGUAUUGGUCAGGGGGAAAUGCACAUGCUUCUCUUUUCACUUUACGUCAGUGAUGUGCACUCUAGUACUGUACUGGAAAGCAAAAGUGCAGAGAGCUAAAUGAAACAGGGAGGAAAAGAUAAAUCAUUUCAAAACGUAUGUAUGGGCAUGAGGGCGCUAAUGCAGUGGAAGAAGAUGGAAAAUGCCACCAGGCUAUUUUAAGGACUAGAGCAGGGGUCAGCAACCUUUUUCAGUCAUGGGCUUGUCCACUGUCCCUCAGACCUUGUGGGGGACCGGACUAUAUUUUGAAAAAAAAUAAUGAACGAAUUCCUAUGCCCCACAAAUAACCCAGAGAUGCAUUUUAAAUAAAAGCACACAUUCUACUCAUGUAAAAACACCAGGCAGGCCCCACAAAUAACCCAAGAGAUGCUUUUAAAAUAAAAUGACACAUUCUACUCAUGAAAAACACGCUGAUUCCUGGACCAUCCGCUGGCCAGAUUGAGAAGGCGAUUGGGCCGCAUCCGGCCCCCGGGCCUUAGGUUGCCUACCCCUGGACUAGAGUAAUGCUCUCUGCUACAGUGGUCUGAAACCUUGGAGAGAUACCACCAGUUAGUGUAGACAGUACUGAGCUAGACAGACCAAAAGAUAAGUCGUGUAUUUACCAGCUGCUACUGCUGAACGGUGACAAGAAUGCUGCAAUGUUCUACCUGCACAAAGGCAAUUAAGAUUCCAUGCUGGUGACAUCAUUGGUUCACACCUGUGCAGCCACUGUGUUGGAUUCUGGUCCCCUCAUUUGUCAUUACCUGGUCGCUGUUUGUGUGGGAAUGCUUCACAAAAUUCAUUUUGUUAUACCAGUACUUGUGUAUUCUUCACAAUAUACCGUAUUUUUCACUCUAUAGGAAGCACGUUUUCCCCUUCAAAAAUGAAGGGGAAAUGUGUGUGCGUCCUAUGGAGCAAAGACGCCAUAGCCCCGCGACCCUCUCCCAGCUGGAGAGGUGAUGCGCGGCUAUGGCAGGAGCCUCUAUAGCCACACGUCACCUCUCCAGCUGGGAGAGCGCGUGCGGGGCUAAAGCAGCCCCCCGCGACCCCCGCCAGCCCCAAAGAGCAGGUCGAAAGGAACCUGAAGCCUGGAGAGCAAGAGGGGUCGGUGUGCACCGACCCCUCUCGCUCUCCAGGCUUCCAAGGUAACCGCCUGAAUGCACCUUAAACGGCACCUUGUUUUAGAGCGGGAAAACAAGAGGGGGAAAAUUCUCCCUCUCUCUGCGCAGCGCCUCCUGCCGCUUCGCUGAAGGGGCGCUGGGCAGAGAGGGGGAGAUCUUUUUUUUCUUGUUCUCCCCCCUCUAAAACAAGGUGCGUCCUACUGUCCAGUGCGUCCUAUGGUGCGAAAAAUACGGUACUCUAGGUUGCAAAGAGCCAGCAAUUGUUUCAUAAAUUCCUCAUAAAUAAUCUCAUUAUUGCUGGUGUCUUUGCAGAUCAGUGAUGAAAGUCUAUACAGGACAUUGUUAAUAGCAUAUGUAACCCAGUAGAGAAGCUCUGUUACAUGAUGACAGAGAACCAUAACAGAAAUUUCAGAGAUCAUUAUUAUUAUAGUGUGAAGUCUACAGUUCUCACCAAGCAUGACAGCACAUUUGAUUUUGUUAAAUCCUUUGUGCACAAUGCCCAACAAGAUAAAUCCUUAUACAUGACUCAUGUCUUUUCAACGUGAAGUUUAUGUUGGCUUACAUUCAUGGGGGGGAAAUACUUAGUAGCAGGAUGAAGGAGCUGAGAGUUUAUUCUUUACAUUGUAGCCAUAGUUAAAACCGUUUUGUACAAGGGGAUAGUUGAUAAUUGGCUGAUGUGAUGCGGAAAGUAUGUACUUGCUCCUCAUUCCAUGCCCCCUACCCCAGCUUUAUCAUCCAAACCUUUGUGCUCUGCAGUUUGUCACAUGAAGCUCAUUCCCUGCAAUCAAGCCAGCAUACCAGUUCAUGUGAGACCACUUCAGCCUGCCCUGCAAGCAUUCAGUUUUGCUCAAAAUCAUUUACUGAGGGAAUCUUAGCAUACGCCUGGUUAAACUCCAGCAAUGUUUCUGCUGGUGGUUGUAUCAGGGCUUGUCCUCACUAGACUUUAUCAUGAGUUUGAGGCUGUUUGAGUCCAGAAUUUAUAGGUGUUGUUCACAUGACGUUGCCCUCAACUGGAACCCAUCCCACAUAUUUUGUUGAGUGAAUUUGGAUGCACCCAAUCCCCAGGCCAUCCAAAAAGCAAAGCAAAAUGCAGAGCAAAUCUGCUGCUGUCUGACUGCCAGAUGGGCUGCUGCUGCUUGCAUUCUGUUUGGUUAAGGUGGCAUGGAAUGGGUGUGUGAACGCAGAUGUUUCCUUGUUUGCAGAAUGGAAGGAGGACUUUUUUCUACUUCCCCACUUCCAGCCACUCAGUGAAGAUUGGGGAAAAGACCUGAUUAAUAAUAUUAAGGCUGAGUGGGGAUGAGGAGUUUUUGACAGCACAGAGCAGGGGUCGGCAACCUAAGGCCCAUGGGGGUUGUUUAACCGGCCCAUGGACCCCCGCCACCUGCUCAGUCGGCUCCCGUGCGCCACACUAAACCGGCGCGGAGCAGAGCGGGGACCGCCUUCUGCCAUGCUGGCCAGCUUCCCAUUGGCUGCAGGAAGCUCCUGCAGCCAAUGGGAAGCUGUGCACGCCUCCUCCUCGCCAGAAGGAGCGUCGGAAAUAGUGUUUGCACAUGCGGGUGCACUCCAGCCCACUGCGGUGUCUGCGGGACCAUGAACUAACCCAAGCCACAAAAACUUUGCCGACCCCUGGCAUAGAGGUUUGUUUGUGAAUUUAGGAUCAUGACCUUUUUGUAGAAUUGCCCUAAGUCUCAGUAUAAUGUAGCCAGGAUCUUCAAGACCUUGGCCCGGCCAACACCUGGUAUCCAUACCCAGUAUACAGUGACAAUGGCCAUAGCUUCUCCUCUGUCUAUAUGAAAGAUUGCAUUUUUCAUAUAUUCCCUGUUUUGUAAAAAUCAAAUGAACAAAAAUCCUUAGAAAAACAUAUUGGCAGGGGAUGCACAACUUUUUCAAAAAAAAAUUUUUUAUUGUGCUAGCCGAAGUCCAUGGCAACAUCCAAAGAAGGAAGACGAAAGAAAGAAAGAAAGAAAGAAAGAGCAGUUGCUACAUACACUAUAUGCAGUAAAACCAUGGUCAAAUCCACCAAAAUUUCUUAUUACACAAAAUAAAAAGUAAUUCUCAGAUAAAAUAUGCAAAUUAGAUCUUAGAGUCCCCUUUGCAAUUCACUGCUGGAUGCAAAAUUUGUAAUCCACCAAGUGGAAUGCAGCCCACCAGCCAUGUUCAUCAGGUCACCAGCAGCACGAUAAAACUACCUGUUUUGCCCAUCUAGAAUUGUAGAAAUGGUGAACUCGGUAAGCACUAAGGAGACCAUGUGGCUGGCAGGCUGUAGUGUGCAGAUGUAGCCUGUCCAGAUUAUUGCGACUAUUCAGCAAGGGAAUAACUUAAUUGAAACAAAACUCAGAAGUAGAGCCCUAAUCAACAACACCCAGGAUGAUGAAGUGGCCUACAACACGUGCUUGCAUUAUAUCCUGGGACAUAUCGCAUGACAAUUAGUUGCUCUUAAAAAUCCUUUUGUGUUGUGAAAUAUUCAGCUUUUGUUUCCUCUCGCACCCCGUAUCUGAAACAUUAUCCAUUAAAUAUCCCCCAGUAUCCUAGAUUCCUGUAAAUGCCGUCCCAUCAUCUUCUGUUGUGGUUUUCUCCUAAUCUGUGCAUUCAGUUCUUUGACUUUGAAUAUCACCAUUGUCCCUGAAUGCAUGUGUUAGCAUAUUCUGUAACUUGGGGACUUUUCUCACGGUUACAGCUAUUCACUCAGCAUUUUUUAACUGGCAUUUUUUCUUUGAUGGGUAGCAACAAUGACUCAUGCUCUUAUUUUGAUAUUUUCAAGGGGAAGCAUUUUUUUAAACAAAAUAUGUAUGGCAUGUCAUUUUUACAAUUUGAGUACAGAAAGAAACAACAAUGGGUCUCAUGCUUCUAAUCUGGUGUCCCAUGGGACCAGAAUUAGAAGUUAGACCUACAGUAUGUCUGCCUUAAGUUGAAAUUGGACAUAACUUCAGGGCACUGAACUGAUGCUGACCAUCUUACCAUGGUUUUAAGUGGCUUGCGGAUUAUAGAUCGCCUGAGCUGGCAUCCCCUUUGGACUACAGUUGUAAACAAAUUCUUGCUCAUUGCAAGGCCUUGAAUUUUCAUGUGAAAGACCCAUACUUGAAGACCAAUUGCAUCCCUGGUGAGCCUACUUGGAAACUGCUUGUUUUCAACUGCAGUUCAAAAUGUACUUGUGGUGAAGAAGCAGUGGGAGCAGUUCAUCACAACCAUAGACCAUGAUUUUAUAUCCCAUCAUUCAGCCCACUUUAGGAAGGCCUUUGGUGGUUUGCAAAAUGGCAAUUGGCAUAUAAUGACCUGCUGAGAAGAGCCCUAGUUCAGCUUUUGGUGAAAAAGUGGCCUGACAGUGAGUUGUAAUGCACGCUGGCAGUUCAGGCUCCAACCACAUCUCAGUUUGCGCAUAUAAAUUGGACCACAUCUGGGCUAGAUGUUUAUUCCAUGACUAUGCCAGCAUGAGGCACCUGUACACCCCCCCUUCUUAACUGCCCCAUGACUUCUAGGCUUACAAUAUAAACAACCAAGUAUAGCUAAGUAUCAUGAUAAGUUAAAUUGUCCAAGUUAAUGGAGUUUCAAAUGUCUCCAGUUUUAUACACUACAAAAAGAUCUUUGUUCUCCAUUCAAAAAGACAUUCAGUCCAGGUACUCACUACGAGAUAUGCUAAAGAGGCAUACAAGCAUACAAAGUUACAAUUCAGCCUACCAGCCCUGUUUUUUUAAUGAUAUGUGUAAAAGAUGCCAAUGCAGCAAGGUUAUUUCCAUAAUCAACCAAUAAGUAAAAGGAGAGGACUCUGCAGUUGGCGGCAAUAUUGGCUGGAGAACUGUUGCCAGGCUGUCUGUCUGGGUGGCACAAUCAACAUAAAGGAAUGUGCAGAACCUGUACAACAGAGUACCUUUUUCUUUUCUUGCUACUUUUUGGUUUAGUACUAAGUACUAGGCUAACCAGUUUCGAAGGCUCCCAGGCAGAUGUGCCCAAAGAGUACAAAUCUUGGAUUUGUACAAAACCAUCUGCAAAGCUACUCAGAUCUGAAUAUUCCAAUCUAGCUAACCUCUUUUCUUAUCAAACCAAAAACAAAGAAAGCAACAGCAUAUCUUCUGGCAAGUUAAAGGCUCACAUUUCUAUUGUGUCGAACCUUUCAUGAACCAAAAUCCAUUUCUCCAUUCGUAAGCUCCAGCCUACAACAAUUUAUGCUGCAAUAAAUCUGUUGAUCUUUAAGAUGUAAGUCUUUGUUCAUUUUGUUGCAGUCGAAUAAUGCAACUACUCCUCUGGAAGUAAAAAAAGAAAAGAAAAAAAGUUGUCAUGCAUGUAUAAAACUGCCUUGGAUCGCAUGUUUACUACCCAGUUGUCUCACAGUGGCUCUGUGCAUUGGACAAUUCAUGGGGGAGGGGGGGAAUCUAGUGAAGUGGCCCAAAGCAAAAAGUUCCCCAAGCGUGGGAAUUGCCCAUGAGAGAGAGGAUGUUGUUUCUGAUUUACAUCACAGCCCUGCCUUCAAGAGGAGGGCAGGUUACAAAAGGGCAUUCUAUAGAAAGCAAGGAGUAUGUGCUGAACACUAAGGAAUGUUUGUGUUCCUGCUUUUAGAUUAACAUGGUUCUCACUUUAGUUCCAUUUGCUUAUUGACUUGACCAGUUACACUUGAAACUUCCACAGUCAUUAAAAGCGAGUUAAAGGAUUAUGCCUGGAAGCCUGUGAAGCAUGCUCCACAUUUUCUUUUCCUGAAUCAGAUGGUGGUGUUUUGUUUGUUUUUAAAUCAAAUACACUAUUCAGCAAGAUAAGAGUCAAGGCUAGCACAUCACAUGUUGGAUAACAGUACUAGGAGGGAAAUGUUUGCUAAGAAGGCAGCAUUAAUCUUUGUGUAGGUAGGCAAGGUCAUGAAAGUCAGUUGCCUUCACCUGGAGCCCUGUGUGGUACCAAAUCCAUUUCAGUAGAGACGGAUCUGCCUUUUUUACUAAAGCAGAUUGGGAAAAUCCAUUGGGCAAGGGUGUUCCCAGGUUAAUGAGGGAUUGCUAGAUCUUACAUUAUAUUUAUUUGUUGUAUUUAUUUUCCCCAAGGGAUUCAAAGUGGUGUAUAUGGAUUUCCCCCUCCCCAUUCCAUCCUCGCAACAAGACUGUUUUUGUUAAGAAUAUUCGUAUUCUACUUGUCAGUUCAAAACUGAACCACUCAGGCUGCUUAAAACAUGUAACAAGGCUCAGAAGAACAAACUGAGAAGCUAACAAAUGAGCAGGAGGAAAAAAGAGCAAAACCAAGGGCAUGGGAAAGAAGAGGUCUGGCAAAAUUAACAAAAAGUGUAGGCCAAAGGCUCCCUAAACAGAAAUGUUUUCAGGAGGUGUUGAAAUGCUACUGGAGAAGGAACCAAGUGGGUCCCCCAAGGCAGAGAAUUCCAGAAAGUGGGUGUCACUACUGAGAAACUCCUCACAUGUGUCCCAGCCAGGUGUGCUUGGAAUGGGAGUGGAGCACCAAGAGCGCCUUUCCUGGUAACCUGACUCCAGCUUUAAAUGGCUUUAAAGUCAAUAGCCAGCACUUUGGAUUGUGUCUAGAAACAGACAGGCUGCCACUGUAGCUGAGGUAAUAAAGGAGUCACAUGCUCUACCAACCCCCCUGGUCAGCUGCAUUUUGAGCUACCUGAAGAUAGAGCAUCUUGCAGUAGUGUAGUCAGGCCUGUGGAGAGACAGGCCCAUGCUGGAGGGCGGGGGGAGACAGGUACACUUGCCCCAGGCCUUGGGGGGCUAAGCUGGCUGGGGGUCCCUGCCAGGGACUGGCUGCAUGUUUGUUUGAGUUCAUAACGUUAUUCUAACAAGACUCCCACCUCAGGCCUCACAGCGGGCUUGUGUACAGAGACCAAGUCUGUCUUCUCCCAAAACAAGAGCAGUUGAUACACCUGCCAGAGCUGGGCAAAAGCACUCUUGGACAACACCUGGGAAUGCAGGAACAGGAGUACCCUCAAACCAUGUCCCUGCUCUGCCAAGAGAAGUGCAACCUCAUUCCACACAGGCUUAACCUCUACUACCACUGAGCUAAGAGUCCUCCCAUCCUGACCAAGAGCUGGAUCAAAAGUCAUUUUAUCAUUGCUAGAUAACUAGUUGCUGGCAUCUUUUGCUGGAAGCUGCACACGAUUCUGACAGGGCAUUUCCCAUCAGGAACUAGUAAUAGUAGCUGUCCUCCCACUAUAUUUCUCCACUGAUUUCCCUUAAAUACAUUGGAUCAGCACAGUUCUCAUCUGGUUCAUGAGCGCAUGGCACGCCAGUGCCUUUGUGGUCUGCAAAAGCACUAUGAUUGCUGGAGAAAUCUGACAUAUGUGCCCCUAAGAGUUCUACUGUGACAUUCCAUAGUUUAUAGCCUAGCACACAGAAGCUUCUCUCCUGUCGGCACAUAGCUCCAGUUGCUAUUGCUGAGCAAAUGGUCUUGUGUGGUCUUUUAGAUGGUUUUUACUUAGAGAGUUGGCAAAGGAGUCUGCAAACAGAGGUUUGAUGCCAUCUAGGGUCUUGAAAAGGCCUUGCAUGCCAAUAAACAGAUGGUUAAUUGACCACACAGCAUUUUCAUGUAAAAACUCGUUUAGUGAAUUCAUAACUCUCUGAAAUGAAAAGUAUUAUUGUGGAAGAAAGCUUUGUGAGGGACUUUCUUCACAAACUUAAGGUAACAACACACUUGGAAUUCAAUCCAGACCAUGACAUUUGAGCUAACCUUCAUCACAGUUAAAACUUGUUCAAGCAUAUUUGCUUAAACAAGUUUUAACUGUGACUAAAAAUUAUCGUAAGUUGCUCAGAUAUUGGCACGAGUGUUGCUGUCUUAACUUCGGGAAGAAAAAAUCCCCACCCUCACCUCUGCACAAAGCAUCACAAGUUAAAGUGGCGGUUCUUGAAAUAAAAGUCCUUUCCUUUUUUUUGUUAUCCUAAAGCAGAUUGGACAAAAAAGGCUAUUUUAUUGUAGCCUUCCAAAGAAGACUACUGGGAAGGCACUCUGGGUCAAAGCAUGUUGUUAGCAGGGGAUUUCCAAAGAAUGUGAUAGCAAAGCAUAGCAGCGAGGGUGUUUUUUGAGUGCACAGAGGUUUCUGAAGUGCCUUUCAUUGGAAAGUGCUCUGAAGAUGGAGCAUAUCCUGCAGAUGGAAGAACUUGAGAACAAAUGAAACUGCCCACAAAGUCAAGGGCAGCAGGAACUGUGGCUUUCCAGUUCUCAGACUGUGCUGUGCUGGUCAAGGACAAGGUGUUCUUCCAUUGCUUACAGAUGGUGUGAAAAAUGUAAGCAGGAAUAUACAGCAUAUGGAUUUGUAUGAAGAGGAGGCUAGUUGAAUGGGGAAAUAAUGAAAAUUGCUGCACAAUUUGAAAUAGAAAGCAUCAGCCGUUAAACCAAUAAGAGCCUUGAUUACCCACUGUUUAUCCUUGGUAGGAUUCCUUUGUCAUCUGCAUGGCAGGCAGAAAUUCAACAGGCAUAAUUUCCCCGUUCAUUGCAUCUUCAAACUGGGAAAAGGCUUGUCAGGCUAGCUGUUGAAGGUGGCAGGUGACCCUGCUGGAAGCAGGGCAAUAGGAACCCUCCUCUCAAUGUUCUUAGUGGCAAUUGUCUUUGACAAACCUCUAGCUGAAUGAAUUGUUGAUGAUGAUGAUGAUGAUGAUGAUGAUUUAUUAUUUAUAAUAAAUUUCCCCAGCCACUCUGGGCGGCUUCCAACAGAAUAUUAAAAUACAAUAACCUAUUAAACAUUAAAAGCUUCCCUAAACAGGGCUGCCUUCAGAUGUCUUCUAAAAGUCUGGUAGUUGUUUUUCUCUUUGACAUCUGGUGGGAGGGCGUUCCACAGGGUGGGUGCCACUACUGAGAAGGCCCUCUGCCUGGUUCCCUGUAACUUGGCUUCUCGCAGCGAGGGAAUCGUCAGAAGGCCCUCGGGGAUGGACCUCAGUGAUGUGUUAUGUGAGAGCAUGUGGGGAUAGCAAAGACUUCUUUGCACUUUUGGUUUAAGAUCAACAGGCAAUUCAUGUAUUAAGAUAUAUGGGCUGCUCCACUUCUGGAAGCACACACAUCUCAUUCUGGGGAGAUGUGCAAUUUCUCCAUCUACACGUUAUACUGGAGGUGAGGUUCAUGCUUCUUUCCCCCUCAUUUAUGGGUAACAUGUCCAAUGCUUUCUUCACUCCCAAACAACAACAAAAUCCUAUCAAGACUAGACAAAAAAUCCUAUCAUGGCUAUCAGCUUAGUGACUGAUUUAACCUAUUCGGGAUACUAAUCAGUGCUAACUUUGAAAGCUUCAGACUAUUUCCGUAGGAUACCGUAAUUUAAUCCAGUAGGAAAACAAUCAUCCUGUCAUUUACUAGAGCUGCCAACUUUGGCAGAUUAGUUUCCGCUCGUAACAGGGAGGCUGGCAAACCAUCUGGUAGCUAGAAUCUUGUUCUCAGGUACUGAUUUUGAAUGGGUUCACUCCUUUACAGUGCCAUAUUAACCCAAAGCUGUGCUUAAUACAGUAAUUGUGCCAUUGCUUUUCCCUGAAAAAUGUUAAAGUGUAUAUGUAAUUAAUUGACUUACUUUUCGAAAACAAAAUUUGUCCAAUCUCUUAUUGUUUGGCCAGCAUUUUCUGUAGCUGAAUCUGGAUACACUAUAAAGGAUCCUGAACUAGUGAAAGUGAUUCUUAGAAUAUAGUAUGCUGUUAAAGUGUUUCAAUGAUAUAUUUUGAACUGUGCCUCCCUUUUUCUUUUACUCUUUUGCUGUAUUACUGGUUAGGUUUCUUAAAAUUUAUACAUUGUUUCCUGGUUAAAAAAGAAGUCCUGAAAUAAUUUGCAAUAAAAGUUUAAAAAUACAAUAAUAAAAUCAUAUAAGCCUAUUAGAAGCAGAUUAGCAGGACAAUAUAUCAUAUCACUGGGGCUGUCCAAUUGUCUAGGAAAACAAUAUCAUUGUUGCCAGGGGUUAAAACUGUGGCAAGGUUUACACCAGGUGGGCUUCCAUAAAUCGGUGGCUGGUGAUGACUUUUGACUCAGCAGGAAAGAUUGGAUUUGGAUAAUGUGCAAAAUCAUCCUGAAGACCAUUUUGUGGUGCGUGAAUGUAGGGUGUUCUCUUUGCUUUGAGUGUGCUUCCAGACAACUGGUUUAUUGAGUGUGCUUCCAGACAACUGGUUUAUUGAGUGUUCAUCCAGACUUGUUUGCAGGGAGAUUCAGUGACACCAGCUAUUUAAUGAGCACUCAUUCUGAUUUGUUUGUGGGGAGGUUAGAUGACAUUGCACAAAAGCAAAUGCUAUCCCAUAUUUUCCAGUGCAUUUUCUGGUCCCUUUCCUUAUUGUAGAAAGUCACAUCUUUUGGGGAAGUGUACAACCUGAAUUUGCUGGUAUGAGAUUUAACCCCGUCUGAAUAUAGUGACAAACUGGAAGUGUCCCGACUUUUAUUAAGAAGCAAGCAGAAAGUUUUGUUCGUUUGUUAAAGCACAUGCUAAUAUCCAUUCUGUUUUGUCCUCAGCACCUUGUCCAGCUGCUCUCAUGCUGUGGUGGCUUUGCUGUACCCCUUCUCCUGGCAACACACAUUCAUUCCUGUCCUGCCUUCUUCCAUGAUUGACAUUGUCUGCUGCCCUACUCCGUUUCUGGUCGGAUUGCUUUCCAACUCACUGCCUAAAUUAAAGGAGCUACCGGUAGAAGAGGUAGGAAUGGAGUCCAUAGUUCAUUGUAGGUGAAAUUCCCAGGAAAGAACUCUGCAAUAGAUUUAACAAACCUUUGUGCUUCAAUCCUUACUUGCAACUGAUGGGAAACAAUGCCAUUACCUCUCUGAAAGGUUUCCUCCUCAUUGAUGUGCAAGCAGUACCGCAGGGACAGGGAAACAAUUUUCAGCCUAUGGACCAUAUUCCCUUCUGGACAACCUUCUGAGGGCCACAUGCCAGGGGUAUGUAGGGCCAGAGGCAAAAGUGUGCCAAGCAGUGAAUCUCACCUUUUCUAGUAGGCUAGUUUCCACAUACACCACUCUAUCCAGGUAAGCAAAAGACAAGAUGAGAGUUCAAGGCUACAUUCUAGGUACGCAAAAACACUCAUUGGGGUGCAAAGCAGGGCGGGUAGGGGGGAUUGGCCUGGGAACAGGGUGGUGUUACAGAGGCCAGAUACAGAGGCAUAGAGGACACAUUUGGCUACUGAGCUUGAGGUUCCCCAACUCUGCUAGAGUGAGCAUAACACUGAAAUGCCAAUUUUGGGAUAGAUGAUCAGAAUUGCAACUCAUUGAUUUCGAUAAGCUUGUAUUCUUACAUCCUUAUGAGGUGGAUGCACUCAUUUUUUAAUUGUAUUUCUGCCUGUAACACCUGCAAAAAUGGACUACAGUAGAGAAACAGACCAUUUUAAAAGAAGCAAGUUUGUCCAGGACAGAUGUAGAAUCUUAGUUCUAUUUGGGCAUUCUGCUCAUAUACAAACCCUACAAUUCAAGCAGUUGAGCAUGCUAAGCUGUGCCAUUGUGUCACUAUUCCCGUCGUCUUCCAACUCAUGGAGGAUGGUCCUGUAGAGCAAGGGACCUCCUCUACUCAUGGAAGCUCUUUGCACAAUUCAGAACCCUCCACUUCACAUAGUUGUACUCCCUGAGGUGGAAGGCGAUGGGUGUAGCCCUCUCAUUUCUGCUCACCUUGCUCCCAUGUGAGCUUUACAUAUGAGGAGCACGCCUGAAUCGAACUCUUAUGACAUAUCUGGGUAUUUUCUACCAAAUGCAUGGGAGUGGAGAAGCAACUUUCAAUACAUAGGCUCUUACCAAUUAUCAUGAGCAUUAGAAUUGAGUGGUAAAUUUACACAGACCAUUCUAGGAAGGUAUAUUGGCAGCUUGUUGCUUAAGGAGCAAUGUGGUCGAAGUGCUGUUGCCCACAACUAUUCUGUUCUGAGCUGAAUUCUGAGUUCAUUCAUUCUCCUUUACAUACUUUCAUCCAUCAUGAAAUUAGCUCAAUGUGAGAACUAAUUUCCUGUGGUGUAAACAUGGCAAACAUGAGAGCAGAGGAUGAGGAAGAUAUUACAUUGGUAAUUGGCAUCAGUCCAGAAAAUAUUAAGGACAACUGCAUACCUGAUGGUAUCAUUGUUCUAUUUCAAUGGGUCAUGAAAGCAGGGGAAGAGGUGUUUUGAUAGGGCUGAUUCUGAGCCCCUAUUUGUGACAUGUGCAAAGCAGGUUUCUUUCUUCUUCUUCCUCCUCCUCCUCCUCCUCCUCCUCCUCCUCCUCCUCCUCCUCCUCCUCCUCCUCUUCUUCUUCUUCUUCUUCUUCUGCUGCUGCUGCUUCUGCUCCUUCUCCUCCUCCUCCUCCUCCUCCUCCUCCUCCUCCUCUCUCAAAUUUCUUAUUAUAUUGCUAUUUAUAUAUACAAGGGUAGCUUCACUCAGUAUCAGAGAGUCAUAAGAAUUGCUUCUGAGUGUCUGGAUCUGUUACUGUUCUGGUAAUGUCUGAGUAAACGGAAUGACAUAGUUUCUUCCCAUAUAAUAGGAACAUACGAAGGCCCAUGUCACAGGAACUGAGGAAGCUGCCUUAUACUGAGUCAGACCAUUGGUCCAUAUAGCUCAAGAGUUGGCCCAUCCACCUGUCAAAGUUGGCUCACAAGGCUGAUUGAUCCUAAUAAGGAUCUGGCAUUUGGAGCCAAAAAUGUUCCCCACCCCUGGUUUAUAUGAAUACCUUCUCAGAUACUAGUGGAACUGUGUCUUCUUGAAUAAAGGAAGGCUCAAACAAUCCCUAUCAGCCCCAGCCAGAGUGCCAAAUCAUCAGGGAUCAUGAGCGUUUUAGUCCAUAGCAUAUGGAGGGCACAAUGCUGAUGUAAGACGCUCAGCUUAAUUCUCAUAGAAGUGGAUGUUCAGUACACUACACACACCACAAGCUUGGGUUCCUGCUUUAUACAUUAUUGGUGCAUACCAAACACUCUGAAGCCACUGGAUGGCACUAGAAGUUCAAUUUGGUGGUCAAACUUGUAUUUAGAUCUCCCCUUUCUUGUAAAGACAAUAACAUGUCUCCAGGCACCACGAUAAAACUUUUCUCUGUUGAUUACCUUUUAGGCUUUGAUGGUGAACCUUGGAUCUGAUCGUUUCAUCAGACAGGUACUGUGUGUUUUUUAUGUGUGUCUUGAAAUAUGCAAAACAACUUCAUAGCCCAUUAGAAAAACAUAAAUAGAGUUAACAGGCCGAGUUGUGAGGUUGUCCCAUCAGUUAAGAAUGAGAAAACAUGGUGGGUGUGUCAACCUCACAAUAAACAAUAAACCUUCACCUAAAGGUCCCAGGGCAGAGAUAUACACAAUCUAAGCCAAAAUGAAUCAAUAACAUUCAAACAGCAUAAAACAAAAUAAAAACUUCAAUUACAAAUAGAACAACCAACAACAUAAAUUCAGAUGUUCAAUACACCUCAUCUCUCCUCAAAAUCCUGGGCAAGGUGCUGCAACAUCACUGCCAAAUCUGGCUUUGGCCUGCUUUCUCUUCUCACAGUGUAAGAGUUUAAUGCUUUAUUUACAACAUGGUGUGAAAUAUCAGAUAUGUUUCUCAGUUCUGAAUCCUGAAAAAGUUUGAUUGGAAAUAAGCCUGCUCAUUGUUUUCCUCCUUCAGAUGGAUGAUGAAGACACACUUUUGCCUAGGAAAUUGCAAGCAGCUCUGGAGCAGGCUCUAGAGAGGAAGAGUGAUUUAAUAAACCAAGAUUCAGACAGCGAAUCAGAUGAGGGUAAGAGAGGCUGGGAACAAGUCCUGUUUACAGCCGAAUCUUUGUGGGAUGGGGAAUAAUAUGUUAUUGGAAGCUAAAGAGGGAAACAAGAAUGUUGUAUGUAAACUGAUCAGCGAACUACAAAAAAAAAUAUUUUUCAACAUUUAAAGUGUACUUCACAACACACCAUUACAUUCUCACGCUGAAUGUAACUGACCUGUAGAAAGGACUCUAUGAAUUGAAAACAAAGACGUUUUAUGUACCUCUGUUAACUAUGAAAAUCCUUUAAGAAAAACAACUUCAAAAAAUGAACUUCACAACAGUAAACCAUUCAGUAUUUAACGAUGGCACACAUUUUUUUCCACAACACUGUCACGCAUUGCUAACCGUUUGAUUGACUAUAGCUAGCUAUUCUGGAGAGUGACUUCCAUGACUGUUUUUCCUUUCUUUUUUUUGGUUCACUUAUUGUGUUUGUAAGAAUUUAAUUACAAGCCUGGAUGCUGUGCUAUUCCCAAUGGAAGCGAAACAGGAGCCACAGUUGGUUCAGAGCAGCUUGCUGUGUUGAUCUGAGUCAUUGUGACUUCCCUCGGAAAACAACUGAUGCAUCUGUGUUGAAGUGUUUGGUAGCCCUUAAAGAGACUUUAGAACUAUUUUAAUAUUUCUUAGUUUCUGAAUGGCUGAGUUCCACACGCUUGGCUUUGCAGAGCUCGAUACUCAUUUUGAUUUGUUACAUGAAUGUCCGUGGGAUUGUGCUACAUGCAUCCUUGCAAAAGUGCCCUGUCAUUUGGCCUUUUUUUUUUAAGGAUACAAAUGGCUUUUUAAUCAAUUUAAUAAUACUAGUUAUCCUAUGACUAGGGAAAGGGAAGAAAAGGUCUCUUACUUGUUUAUUUACAAAUUAAAGGGAGGAAUUUAAAUCAACUUAAAGUGUCCACGUUACAAGACAAGAGACAUUCCACAGUCAAUUGGCUGACCUAGCCACAUGAGAUGGGCAGAUAUUGAUCUGAGCCUUUGGGGGGGGGAUCAGUUUAUAGAAACUUGGCAGGAGCCUCUUGGUGUGCUUUGUACUUACUGGAGUCUGAGAGUGGCAACAAUUCUGCCUUUGCUGCUGGCUGCUCCUUUCAUACUAAUGUUUGACCAUUCCUUCACAGUUUCUUUCUUAGUUAAACAAAAUAGUUUCUCCAUGAGAUUCAAAGGCAUCCUCAUUAAAGGGAAAAGGAUCUUGCAAAGGCUGUUUGGAAACAAACAUUUUGCUUGGCUCCUGGUAUAAUUGUGGUAUAUACUCUAAACCCAUUGGUAUUCUGAUAAAUGAGGAAAAUGCCCAGAAUAUAAUGUUUGAAGAACAAAGUGAAGGUCUUCAAAAAACCUGCUCCAGAAGACCCAACCAAGGAUGAGUGAAACCCAUUUGUUGGUAUUCGUACAGCCUGUGGUUAUGAGAAUUGAGGAAACUAGCAUGCUGUCUUUACGUCAAAUGAAUUUUAAAUGUAUAUCAAAUGAUUUUGGGGGGUGGGAGUGAUGCUUCUAGCUGCUGGACAGUCUCUUGGCGAUGUCCUGUUGAAUACAACAUUUUUUCUCUUGCACUUGUUGGCUAAUCUGUUGUACACCACUUAGACAUUUUAAACAAUAGUCUGAUAAUGAACAUCCUAUUCUAAUAUCCUAAUAAUAUUUAUGUGCAAUUACAGUGACAGGGAGCUGCAGGGACACACACAAUGGUAUUCAGGAGUUGGGGGAGGAGACAUCUAGUUCAUAUUGUGUGGGUUCUACUAUAUACUGUUUCCUCUUUCUUGCAGAGUGUAAUACUCUGAAUGGAUUAGUAUCAGAAGUGUUCAUCCGUUUCUUUGUGGAGACGAUCGGACACUAUUCCCUUUUCCUCACUCAAAAUGAAAAGGCCGAGCGAGUCUUCCAAAGAGAGGCUUUCCGCAAAUCUGUGGCUUCAAAGAGCAUCCGCCGUUUCUUAGAGGUCUUUAUGGAAUCUCAGAUGUUUGCUGGGUUUAUCCAAGAUAGAGAACUCCGAAAAUGCAGGGCAAAAGGUAAGGCCUGUUCUCUCAACUGUGAGAUGGCCUUUUCAUUUAUUAAUGUAUUGUAGUACUCAUAAUUCGCAAAUUACAAGCAUUUAGCUUGUGUGCAUUCAGCUUAUGCACUUGGCAUUUAUUUUUAAAGGGAGCGGGUGUCUAGGAAAAAAGACUUUGGCAAUCCCACCCACCAUCUCCUAACAGGAGAAAGGCUGAUGAAUGCUGGGAUGAAUGAAGACAUGGAACGUUUUAAAAUAAGGCUUUUGAAAUACCCUUCAGAAAACAAAUGGUGUGUGUGUGUGUGUGAGAGAGAGAGAGAGGGUCUCUUGCUGCCACAAAAGUAAGAGCACUAGGUCUUGAUCCUCCUUUCUCUUGGAAAAAGACCAAUAUUUCUCUUUCAUCCAUUUCCCACAGGUCUCUUUGAACAGAGGGUUGAACAGUAUUUGGAAGAGCUUCCAGACACUGAACAAAGUGGAGUAAAUAAGUUUCUGCGAGGCCUUGGUAAGGAACUUAAAACAGAGGCUUUGAAAUAUUGAAACAUGUGCAUCAUGUUGAAAAAAUGCUAAGAAAAGGCCCUAUUAUAAAGCACAUUUCGUUCCUGGAGGCUUCUUCAUUGUAGCAUCUGGUAGAUAUGCAAGAGAAGGCAACAUUUAUUAACAAGUAAUGGAAGAGCUUAGCUUCUGCAGAAAGUGCUGACCUAUUUAACAGUCCUGGUAACACGCUUUGCUUCAUGAUCCAAUGCGUACAACAACUGAUAAUUCUUUAGAAGGGCCUCAGUUGAUCAAAUGAAAUUAUAAUAUAUUGUAUCUGAUAAGCAAAACAAAAUGCAGUUCAUAGUACUGUUUUCGUUUUAAUAUAGGAAGGGAAGGUGUGCUUCUUUUAAAAAAAGAAAGAAUUGAUUUAGCUCUUUGGCUUCUAGAUUGUUGAAAUGUUUGUGUUUGUGGGGAUGAUGAGAGUGGGAGUCCAAUAACAUCUGUAGGAUGCCCCAUCCCUGCUUUAGAGUAUAUGUGAGACUCUAGACUGAGGGGGGAAACUAUACAUGUAGAUGAAAAGCAGAAAAGGGUCAAGGACCUGCCCUCCAAACACACACUUAAAAUUGCAGUCUCUUUAUUUUUGGGGGAAAAAAUGGGACUUUGUUUCAUUCAUUCAUUGCAUAUAACGUAAAGUUCAUAUAAUGUAAAGCUCAUGCUUUUCAAAAGAAUCAAGGGAGGGCAAAGAUAUAACAAUAUACUUUAACAAUAUGUCCUUAAAUGGGAUGUGGAGAGGAGGCUGUGGUGAGGACUUUAAAAAACAGAGACAGUAAGCUUGUCAACCCAGUACAAUUGUACAGUAGUGAUAAGGAAGACGUCAUUCCUCUUUGUACACAGAAAUUGUUACCUGUGCACACACACUACAUGUAUGUGUCAGACAGUUUUCCUCUGCUAAUUAAUUUUAUUAUAAUGUUUGAGCAUGAAAAUAAAUUUUAAGAAAUACAGUGGUACCUUGGGUUAAGAACUUAAUUUGUUCUGGAGGUCCGUUCUUAACCUGAAACUGUUCUUAACCUGAGGUACCACUUUAGCUAAUGGGCCCUCCUGCUGCUGCCGCAGCACUGGACCACAAUUUCUGUUCUCAUCCUGAAGCAAAGUUCUUAACCCAAGGUACUUUUUUUGGGGUAGCGGAGUCUGUAACCUGAAGCGUCUAUAACCCAAGGUACCACUGUAAAAUGAGAGUGUUUCAUCAUUGUGUUUCAUCUCAUGUACAUAAACCAGGAUUGUGGUAGUAGUGAAUUCUAUGCUGCUUUUCAAACUAAAUGUCUGAGACACCACCAAGAUAUAGAUUUCAUUGUAUGCUGUGACCUCUUUACCAAAAAGAAGUUGUGCUGUUUUGAAUUCUUGAUGGUUUAAAAUGUAUAUUAAUAUCUGUAUGAUAUCUCAUUUGUGUUAUUUCAGGAAAUAAAAUGAGGUUCCUUCACAAGAAGAAUUAA